AUGAAAACCCAACUGGGGAAAAGAGCCUGUAAUGGCAAAGUGUGGAGAGGUAAGCAACGGGAAGGAACAAGCUCUUUCUCCCUAAUCUGUGCAUCCUUUUGGUUUUCUCAGUUGGAACACCUUUCCUCUACUUGAUAUAUGAUCAAGGGAGCCCCAGGUUUAAGCAGAUGGGUCUAUAGUCAUGUCUAGCUUCAGCCAAGAAGCCAAAAACUUGGCAUGCUCUGGAUUUCACCUGGCUACAAGAAAAAAAUUGGCUAAUGCAUUCACAGACCUUUGACAGACCAUGGUGAGCUAAUAUAUAAAAACCUGCUAAAGUCCUAUACCAGUUCGGAUGGCUAGUAUAGAGAAUUGACAUUAAAUGUGAAUUAUUUGGGUUCAGCUUAUAUAUGUAGUUAUGUUUAAGUGUAGAAGUGUUUUGAGUAAGGUAACAGAUGGAAUCUAAUGCAGUUGAAAUAAUCAUGAGCACCCAUUGCUCCUUGAAUUAAGAUCCAAAGUGACUUCCUAACUUUAGUAUUCACCCUCUCAAUUGUAUCAAAAGCCACUUUUGAGAACACUCCUUCUGUCCUCCUCCUGAUGAAGAUCAUCCAUGUCCAAGACUGAUUCAGUUCCGUAACCAGACCUGAACUCAGACGGAAAUUGGUCAAGAUAAUCUGGUAGCAUGAUUACUAGCAAAAAAUAACCAACCUUGUAUGGUAAUUUGCAAUGAACACAUGCUGGGCUGUAUCCUUGGAUUGUAAAAUUUGAUACCUUCCAUAGUAAAUCUGUAUCAUGAGGCUUGAUCGCACAUUAAGACAUUAAAUGUGUUGCCCAUGAUGAGAUUGCAGAUAAUGCUUAAUGUAGCUUUUGACAAUUUUCUCAGUUUUGCAUUAUAAUUAGGUCAAAUUUAAAUACAGAUUUCCUUUGUGUUUUUAAUUACCUAGCAUUUGAGUUGCCUCCUUUUAUAACUAAGCAGGUCCCCGCAACAUCCUUCUACCUUGGAUGUAGUGUGGUUUAACUCAUUGUACAAAAGUACAAAAUUGGGUGAAAGCUCACUGGUUUGUUGAUUUCUAGAUUCAUACAGUGGAAGGGGAGUUGCACUGGCAUAUUUUUGGUUACUUUAUAAAUUUAGUAUGUAGUGAUACAGUGAUAUGCCUGAUACAGUAGUUGGAAAUUGAAAUCUAUAGUUGAUUUAUUAUUAUUAAUUUGGGCAGGUCAGUCUGUUACUGGGCUGUCUUUAGAUAUCAGUUGGAAACAUAUUUUAGUGGAGGGUAACUUUGAGAGAUUGUCCUGUCCUUUUCUCAGACUGCCAACAGGUCCCUCUGUCACAGCCGCAAGUAUCUCUCGGAUGGCUGUUGCGAGUGGCAAAUACAAGGGGUCAUACUUGGCCGGAAGCCUCUAGAUGGGCCCAAACUAGAUGCAAGGUUUUCCUGCAUGCAAUUAAUAUGCAUGCUUUUCUUGUGUAAAUAGCAGUGUAAGGGAAGACUGGGCAGCCUUGGAGCCAUGGGGUGGGAGGUGGGUAAGGAAAGUUGAAUUAUUUCUCUUCCUGCCAUGGUUCUGACAAAAUCCAUUCUCCAAUGCUGGUGUUUGCCAUUCCAGAAACAUCUCCACAGUCAGUUGCCUGAUGCUCAUAUCCCAUUAAAUCAUAGUUCUUAUGCAAACCAUAGUUGAUUUGAAACCAGAAGUAUGCAACUCCUUUGGCGCUUCUUUCUCUCUCCUGCUGUGUUGCGGACGAAACAAUCUAGGGCCUGACUUCUCAGGUCACCAGAACCUGGACUUGUGAUUUGUUUUCUUCAAACAAGGCAUGGGUUGUUCUUGGCUUAAGGCUUGGUUUGUUUUGUUUGUUUGGAGGAAACAAACCCGUCGACAGGGUUUGAAUGGCACAACAAAGCAGAUUCUUGCUUGUUUCUCUGCAGUGUGGCAGGAGUGGGCGAGCAGUGCCGUAAGAACGUUUGAGCAAUGUGCACCACCACACUUCUUAAACCAUGGCUCGUUUCAAAGUAUUGUUUGAUAUGUGAACUGAACCAAUGUGAUGUAGCCAGACAUGGACUGAGAAGAUCCAGGUUCAGAUAUCUGUUCAGCAGUGAAGUUCACUGGGUGACCUUGGGCAAUCUCUCAGCUAUCUCUCAGCUUCGCUUAUCUCACAGGGUUGUUGUUGUUGUGAGAAUAAAAAAAUUUAAAAGAGGAAAGGUGGGAUAUAAAUGUGAUAAAUAAAAUUCUUGUUCCAAUAUUUGGUUUCUUACACCACAAUCCUAUGCAUAUCUCUUCGGAAAGUUACUUUCAUUUAGAUUAAUGGUGCUAGCUUCAAGACCAGCAUGUAUAGGAUUGCAGCCUGAAAAUAUCUGGAAUGUGAACAAUAGUUCUAAACUCUAUCAAAUGCUGUGGUUUCUUUUCUUCCUCUCUUGAACAAAGUUGCUGGGAUCUUUCUUUCUUUCUUUCUUUCUUUCUUUCUUUCUUUCUUUCUUUCUUUCUAUUGGGGAGUUUUCAAUAAGAAUAUUUUCUUUAAUGAGAUGUGCACCAAAAACCCCCCCAAAACGAAAAACCAACCCAACCCAUUGUAAGUGUUUUAAAGAUUUGUAGAAUGCAUAUGUGGCUAACUAUGCAGAGUUAUCACAGAGCAUGCCAACAGAUUGCUGUUUGCGGAAAGAGUGUGAAUGAGCCCUUUAAAAUGCAAAUCAUACAGAUCAUGUUGGUUCAAAGAAAACUAACCCAGGACAAAUCAGUAGCAGCUUGCUGAUAUGUUUCUUCAAUUUCUUUUCAGAUUCUGGACAAUCAGGAAGUCCAAGCCACAAUGAUCCUGCCAAGAAUCCACCAGGUAAAAAUGAGUUCUAGGCCGUUUUGCAAUUGAACAUUGUUUGAGAACAAAGAUCGUACUGUUAAUGGUUAAGAGUGUAUAAUUGGUUGGUAACCUAUUUUGUUCUGGCAAGCGCAGUUGUGAUUAGGGUAAGCUGCAGUUUCAAUGAGUUCUUGUGGAGUAGCAUAUGCCUCAGUCAUAGUUUCAUCGAGAUUCUGGUUCAUGGAAGCUUGUUUGCUAUUGGAAAAGGGGUUUGUUAUUUUGGAAAACUUGUAUUAGAUUCUGCCAUUUUUGUUUGCCAUAUGAGAAUGAAACAUGAGGUAACACUUAAGGUGAAUGUUUGUUCCGUCAGUGAAAUAUUUAUUCUUGCACACAAGGGACUGCUUUUGCACCACCACUGCACCCUCCCUAAAUGUAUUUUAGGUGUUCCCCUAACCAGUCCUUUUUUUCUAGAAAAAGAGGUGCUGGAACUCGCCAUGAAUGCCUCCCUAAUUCUCUGAGUGGUGCUGGAACUGAGUUCCGGCUGGAAAGAAAGGCUUGCCCCAUACCCUUUGUAGCAGAUUUGAGAAUGGCACAGGGCACAGAGAGGGAGAAAGCCCCAUUAUGGAAGGGAAGGUUGUUCCACUUGCGCAGUAAUUUAGCUGACUACCCCAGAUUGCUAUUUUCCCAUUUGUGACCAGGACUCUCCAACCUUAUUUUGUCCACUAUUAACCAAAUUUACACACAUUCAGUUUUUGUUGAGCAGAAUAAUCCACAAGCUCUGAAAUUCAUAUUUUCCUUUCUCCCUUAAAAUAAAAGUUUCUAGUCAAACAAGAAGAAUAAAGGGGUCAGAACCAGCCUUCCUGUGUUCUUUAGGCAAAAUGGCUUUGCUUCUUAAAUGCAAUUAUGGCAGGUUUGAAAACUGCUGUUUUGAACAUAUGAAGUAAACAUAAUCAGCACUUUUACAGGGGGUCAGACAUUUGUUUUGUCUAGUGUAGUGCAAUCUAUGGAACUACUGGCAGUGGCUCUCUGAAUCUAGAUUUACAUGCAAUCCAUUAAUUCCUAGUGCUUAUGUGCAGUACAGUGAGUUUGUUCCUCCGCCCCCUCAUACCACAGAACUGAAUGAAUGUUGUUAUUUUAUUUUGCUGGGGGUGGGGUGGUUAGGCAGAAGUUUUAAUGGCAUUUCAAACUAUAGCACUUAGUUUGAAAUGAACUCAGUUAAUUUCACAUAAACCACCUACCAAGAAUGAUAGGUUUGUGCAAAAAAAUCAAUUUGUAGGCUUCAGAGCAUUUUUCCUUUUCCUUUUGGUUUGUAAAGCUGAAGUGUGAACUCCGACAAAUUGGAAAGAGAAUCGUGCUUGUGUGAGUCUCUUGGUCAGUGCACCUUCUGCCCACGGUUCAGACAAUAAAACUUGCAAAACUGGCUAAGUUUAAGUUGUUGUCUACUAUUUUUUCCACCUUGCAUGUACCAUUAAAAUUACCUUCUGUACCCAUGUGUGCAAAUGUGACCUCCUGUUAUGAAGCUGUAACACAGAAAAAUGCCAUUGCUCAAGAUGCCUCAUUAACUUAUAGAAACAGAGGGAAGUAUUUGGCUAGUCAGAAGAGGCAAAGCUUAAAGCAGUAAAGCAAAAUCUUGUUGAUGUUUAUCUUGUUCUGCAAAGAGAACCAAAAAUCUUGUGGCAUCUAACAGUUUCACCUUAUACAGUCAUACCUUGGUUCUUGUAUUUAAUCCGUUUCGGGAGUCCUUUCGACUCCUGAAAUGGUUCGAAAACCAAGGCAUGGCUUCUGAUUGGCAAGGCAUGGCUUCGGAAGCCGCGGAAGCCCUGUCAGACAUUCGGCUUCAAAAAAAAGAUUGCAAACUGGAACACUCACUUCCAGUUUUGCAACGUUCAGGAGCCAAUUUGUUCAACAACUAAAGCAUUUGACUACCAAGGUACCACUGUACAGCAUGGCCCCAUCUUAUGUGGGGGUUACGUUUUGGGGAUGGCGCAUGAGUCCCUUGGAGCCACUUCUGUGUGACCAUCCCUAACCCUCCAACUCUUUUCAUGCCAGGUAACUGAAGUGGACCCACCUUGAAAAGACCUCUUUAUAUUUGGAGGCAAGGUCUUCUUAGUGUGCUUGUUUUGGGAUGCUCUCAUGAGAUCUCAUGGCGCUGUCUUGAGUUCCCGCAAUAUCUCGUGUGUGUAUCCCUAGCCUUCCAGAGCUGGCAUGCUGAGAGGUCCUUGCGUGGCAAGCAAGGCAGAGAGCUUAAAAUCUCUCUUGGAUAGACUUUGGGGCUGUUCUGAAGGCCAUCUUAAGGGCUUAAAGCAGUAACCGUUGCAGUUAGAUUUUUAAAUGGGACAAGGCAGGAGGGAGAGUUUGGUGCCAAUGUUGUUGGUGGAAGAUGGUGUAAUUAAGAAAUGUGUGAUGAGCUUUCAGAGAUUGGGUGUGUGAGAAAGAUGGCGGUGGGAGCUUGGACAUAAGUAUUUUAGUGAUUGGGUAUGGAGCAUGGGUAGGCAAACUAAGGCCCGGGGGCCGGAUCUGGCCCAAUCGCCUUCUAAAUCCGGCCCGCAGAUGGUCUGGGAGUUAGCAUGUUUUUACAUGAGUAGAAUGUGUGCUUUUAUUUAAAAUGCAUCUCUGGGUUAUUUGUGGGGCAUAGGAAUUUGUUCAUCCCCCCAAAAAAAAUAUAGUCCUGCCCCCCACAAGGUCUGGCCCACUGCAGAAAAAGUUUGCUGACCCCUGGUAUGGAGAAAUGGUGGCGUUAGCAAUUGGGGGCUGGAGUUACACUGAUGGUUUUUGGAUGUUGGUAGAUAGUGAGUAAGAAAUAGGGGCUUCUGUUUUGGUCAUGCGAUUGGGAAAGAUGAUGGAGGGAGAACUGGGUUGGCAAUUUUUCUGGUCAUGUUCAUGAUAUCGUGCUUUUUAUACACUAUUUAAGAAAAAGCAACUCUUUCCAUGUUGCCUCAGUUUUCCAAAGCUGUCUGGUUGCUGUGAACUCUCUAAUCAGAAUAAGCAACAACAUUCUCUCAAAGAGGUGAAGGAACUAUAGUUUAAAGAUGUACAAGCUGUAUCUGUUCACUUGUAUGCUGAUGCAUUUCUAAAGAUGUUCUGGGAUGAAAACCAAUCCAGCACAUAUUUUUGGUAUUCACUGCUGUUGUUUUCAUCUGCAAAUGUUCAUAAUGGAUGCUCACCGCUUCCCCGGGGGGCAUCUGUUGCGGACCCUCACUCUCCACCGGUAGCCAGACCCGUGUGGUCACCGGCCAAUGGGGAAUUCCCCUCAGCCAUCAUGACCACCAGGGCAUUACCUCCCUGCCAGUAAGCCAGGUUCAAAUGGGCCAGUCAGGGCCCGGGUCUUGAGGAGACCCUCAGCUGGACAUUGCCCACAUUGUGUUUCCUUUGCAUUGAAUGGAAUGGUGUGGAAUAACAAUGUAAUGAGUUACAUAAAAUGACAUAAAAUGAUAAAAAUUGUUCUCAGCUGCUGCUGAGGGUGGAACCUGUUUUCCCACUUUGCCAGGCUGUUCAGGUUUGCCAUUUAAAAAAUGAGUGAGAAAUUAGCCGUUAGAAUUUUUGCAAGGAGCAUUUGCAAAGUUCUGGAAGAGAAAGCACAAAUCUUGAGUUGUGCUUUGGAGGAUAGAAAACACCUUGCCUUGAGAGAGUUAUCCAGAUUGGAUACACUCCAGAAUAGGGUGCCAAUUCAUUCAAAGCUUGUAGGCUCUUCAGAAGCCCUACUGGAGAGUAAGAUCAGCUGUACUGAUGGUCUCUCCCCUUUUGAUCUGCUCCUAUCCUAAUGGCCCAAGAGCCAGCUAGUCGUAGGGCAGGUAUUUGACCUUAAAAGGAGCCUCUCUGAUCAUCUUGGUCCAGCAGAAGAUGCUGACAUUGUUCUAGUGCUGCCACCAUGACUUGGUUGUCCUCCUGGUGAGAAAAGAGGAACAGCUAUUGCCUGAAUGAGUAGCAACAGCCUUUGGUAAGUGUUGAGGGCAGAGGUGUCUGAGAGUGUCUCUUCAUUGGCAUUUACAUCCCAUCACGGUCCAUGUUUGAUCUUGGGCUGCUUCACGUGGUCAUUCCAAGCAUUUUCUUCCUUAUCCACCACCACAGAACAAUCAGGAGAUGCCGCGAAUAUUCUGCUUUCCUAUUCCUCCUGGCAUUUAAAAAUGAGAGAGUGCUCAACUGCAGUCACUUUAAAUUUCUCUAAACAAAUUUCAGCAAUGGCUGGCUGUCUUGUGAGGGGAAGGUUAUAAGGGAGGAAUGGAAUUGGGAUAGCUGCCUGUUGCCAAGCAGGGCUAGAAUUCAGUUCUUCAGGAAAAGCACCAGCAAGAGCCACUUCAUAUUGAUAUCAGAUUUGUUUUUUUGUACCACACUUAAAACAUGAGUCUGUAGUUUGGUGAGCAUCUGAGGUGGAGCAGGCAAACAGCUGAUAGUUAACAAACCACCCUGAGUUUGCACAUAAUGGCAAGCCAUCUGUAGAACAAGUCUAGUUACAUAAGCCAAAACCAAACCGUGGCUUAUGAUCAUGGUUAGCUGGAAAUAAACAAAGCAUGGCUAAGCUAUUGGGCUGGGUCCCACAAGGUAGAACAAAGCAUGGUUAAGCUAAACAAAACAUGGCUCAACACGGUGUACAUACCAGACCAUAAUUUCCUUGUGGGGGCAUGGGGUUCCUUAUUAUUUAUUGCUUAAGACAGGGAAAUACAAACAAGGAAUGCAUGAAUGUUAAACACCAUGUGGCCACUGGUCUGACAGGCCACAGAGAUUAUUAGAUGAAAGUUUUGGAUUUCCCCCACCUCCCUCCAUCUCUGAUGGUAGGCAGGCAACCUCGUCUCCCAGCAGGACCACUUCUGUGCCAUGCUUUGAUCUGCAUCCUGAUUAUGAAGGAGCCAGUAUGUUGGCAGAAAAAUUUUGCUUGAGUUUUAGAUGCCAUCACCUUCUCAAGGGCUUUGCCAAGGGGGAGGGGAGGGAAAAGAGCCUGGAAACUGUGUAGUUGUUGGCAAGGCUGCUGGCACUGAAAGUUGGUUUCUCUAUGUUUGGCUAGACUUCUGCAUUCUUUAGGAUGUCUGGUAAUUUGCCUUCUUAACUAAGGAGGGGAGGGCAGCUGACUUUGCCAAACAAAAGAACAUUAGGUACAGCUGCUAAAAUUCUCUUGUAAUGUAUUCCCGAAAUUACCCAGUUUUGUAUUGGUAAUACCAAUAUAGCACUGAGAAAGUACAGCAGACAGUGGGUGUGAUUGUAAUACUUUUAUGGUAGAGUACUCCCCACUGCUUUUCAUCUGUUGUUAUUGAAUUGAAUGACGUUUAUUCCUCAAAAGUUUAUUUGCAAGUCCCCCCCUUCCUUUUUAAUCAUUUGUUGAAGUUGCACACAAUAGGAACUGGCUGAGUCUGUUACUAUGUGGUCCUUGUCUUUAGUACUAAUACUUCUUCAGUAUUAGGCGAUUAGGGCUGGGUGAUAUCUGGCUUUCAACAUUGUGAUAUAUUACCAGCUAAACAUUAGCUGCUAAACAAUAUACUGAUAUAUCACAAUGUCUGAAAUAAGGAUGGAGCUUCGUGGUUUUUCCUGCAUCGUGAUUUUUGCAUAGAGCACACACAAAUCACAAUAUCAAAUCUUCGGAGGCUCUUCUCCUUCGUGUGCCUCCUCCUUGAGAGGUCCAGAGGGUGGCAACACGAGAAUUGGGCCUUCUCUGCAGUGGCUCCCCAUCUGUGGAAUGCUCUCCCCAGGGAAGUUCACCUGGCGCUUUCAUUAUACACCUUUAGGCACCAGGCAAAAACGUUCCUUUUUAACCAGGCCUUUGGUUGACCGGAUCGGCAUCCUAUACCCUUUUAAAAUGUGAUUCCUUUGGCGGGGGGUUUGCUAUUGAGCUAUUGCUCUUAUUUUGAUUUUAUAUACGUAUUGUGAUAUUUUCUGUAAACCGCUCUGAGACCUCUGGGUAUUGGCUGGUAUAUGAAUUCAAUAAAUAAAUAAAAUAAAUAUUGCCAGGUCAAAAAUUAGUUAUUUUUUUGAUAUAAAUAAUUUUUAUUGAGAUUUAAGAUCACCCACCAACACCCACCAACACCAGUAAAACAUCAAAUCUUAUUACAUAUAUCCUACUUUAUGCUCCGUAGAGCUGUUGACUUCCGUCCUUCCCUUCCAUCAGUUUUCCUAUUCUAUUCUAUAGUUCACAGUUUCUUUGAUUAGAUAUUACAACAUGACAUAAGAUUUACUUCAAUCCUGCCAAAGUUUUCAAAUUUGUACAGUUCUCACUUACAUAGAUCAAAAAUUUACACCAUUCUUUUUGGUACUUUGUCUCCUCCUGAUUGCGAAUUCUGUGUGUCAAUUUAGCCAUCUCAGCGUAUUCAACCAGCUUUAUCUGCCAUUCUCCUAUUGUCGGCAUCUCCUGUUGCUUCCACUUUUGAGCUAUCAGAACUCUAGCUGCUGUUGUUGCGUACAAAUAUAAUCUUUGAUCAGUCUUCUUAAUAUCUUCUCCCACCAAACCUAGCAAGAAUUCUUCCGGCUUUUUCGGAAAGCUAUACUUAAAUAUCUUUUUUAACUCGUUAUAAAUCGAUUCCCAGAACUCUUUUAAUUUAUUACAUGACCACCACAUAUGAAAGAAGUCGCCAUCCUUUUCCUUGCAUUUCCAGCAAGUUUUACUACUAGUUCUGUACAUUUUUGCCAAUUUGGUGGGAGUAAGAUACCAAUGAUAGACCAUCUUCAUAACAUUCUCUUUUAAGGCAGAACAAGCGGUGAAUUUUAUACUCUCAUUCCAGAGUUUGGCCCAUACAUCAUAGUCUAUGUUGUGUCCUAGAUCAAUAGCCCAUUUUAUCAUAGCCUCUUUUAUAAGUUCGUCUUUUGUAUUCCAUUCUAAUAGGAGAUUAUACAUUUUUGAAAGUAGUUUAGACUUACUUUCUAUAAUGUCUAUUUGAAAUUUCGAUUUUUUUGUCUUCAAAUCCUAAUCUUUUGUCCUCUUUAAAAACAUCAUUGACUUGAUGGUAUUGCAACCUUCCUGUCAAUUUUCCAGCAAUACAAUCAUAAGGCUUCAAUUUCCAACCUUUUUCGGCCUUCAUCAGAAUCUCCUCAUAGGUGGCCCCUCUCCCUUCUAUGUUCAGUUUUUUAACUGUUAACAUAUCAAUUGGUGACACCCACCACGGUGUUUUCCUUUCCAACAAAUUCUUGUUUCUGUUCCAGACUUCAAAUAGAGCACCCCUUAUCACAUGAUUUGUAAACCCUUUAUGCACUUUUGCCUUACCAUACCAAAGAUAGGAGUGCCAUCCAAAUCUAUUGUUGUGCCCCUCCAAAUCUAACAAAUCUGGGUUCUCCUGGGUUCUCCACUCCUUUAUCCAACAUAAACACGCUGCUUCAUAAUAGAGUUUCAGAUCAGGUACAGCGAACCCCCCUCUUUCUUUCUUAUCUGUCAGUAUUUUAAAUUUGAUCCUUGGUCUUCUCCCUUGCCAUAUAAAACGCGAGAGAGUCUUUCGCCACUCUUUAAAUUGUCUUAAACCUCUUAUUAUCGGGAUUGUCUGGAACAAAAAUACCAUUUUCAGUAAUAAGUUCAUUUUGAUCGCUGACAUUCUUCCAGUCAUUGACAGCUUUAGUCUGUCCCAUAUUUCUAAAUCUCUUUUAAUCUCCUUCCAGACUGGUUGGUAAUUGUCACUGAAUAAGUUUAUGUUCUUUGCCGACAUCCAAAUUCCCAAAUAUUUAACUUUUUUUACCACCUUGAUUUCAGUUUCUUGUUCUAACCUUUCUGCUUCACAUUUUUCUAAAUUUUUGCCUAACAUUUUCAUCUUUGUCUUAUUCAAUUUAAAUCCUGCCAGUUGCCCAAAUUUUCCCAUUUCUUCCAAUGCUGUUUUUACACUUUCUUGAGGUUCUUCUAAGGUUAAUACCAAGUCAUCUGCGUAGGCCUUAAGUUUGAAUUCUUUGGUGCCUAUUUUGACCCCUUUUAUCUCUGUUCUUCCUCUCAGGCAAUUUAUUAGUACUUCUAAUUCACUGAUAAAAAGCAGCGGAGAUAGUGGGCAGCCUUGUCUGGUACCCUUUGUAAUGUCAAAUGAGUCUGUUAAGGUGUUGUUCACAAUUAAUUUUGCUUUCUGCUCUGAGUAAAUUCCCUCAAUUCCUCUUAAAAAGAUGCCACAGAUCCCCAUCUUUUCUAUACUCUUCUUCAUAAAUGACCAGGAUACAUUAUCAAAUGCUUUUUCAGCAUCAAUGAACAUCAGUAUGGCUGGCUUAUCAUUUCUUACUUCCAGGUAUUCCAAUAUAUUAAUAAUAUGUCUCACAUUAUUCUUCAAUUGCCUACCUGGCAAGAAACCUCCCUGGUCUUUAUGAAUUAAAUCAUUUAAUAUUGUCUUCAAUCUGUUGGCCAAGAUGUCCGCAAAAAGUUUAUAGUCAUUGUUUAACAAUGAUAUCUGUCUGAAAUUUUUAACACUCUGAUGGUCCGUAUCUUGUUUGGGGAUCAACGUUAUGUAAGUCUCCUUCCAGGAGUUUGGUAUUUUCCCUUUUCCUUGUAAAAUAGCAUUCAUUACUUCCCCUAGAACCGGUACUAGCUGCUCACCAAGUGAUUUAUAAUACUUAGAGGUUAACCCAUCCGGACCUGGGGCUUUACCUUGUUUCAUCUUCUUUAUUGACUUUUGGAUUUCUUAAUUGGUUUUUGGGGCGUUUAAUUGUUCUCUUUCCUCCAAUGAUAUCUGUUUUCCUUUGUAAAUUUCCAGAUAUCUUUCCAUCUUUUUUAUAUCUUCUUUUUCUUUCCUGUAAAGUUCCUUAUAGAAUCCUUGAAAGGCUCUUCUUAUUUCUUUUGGAUCUUCCGUCAGCUGUUCCCCUAUCCUGAUUUUAUUAAUUAAAUUUUGACUUUGACGUUUUCUCAGCUGCCAUGCCAGAAGCUUCCCAGUUUUAUUUGCCGAUUCAAAGAUUUUUUGUCUCAUUAACUUUACUUUCCAUUCCAUUUCUUGAUUCACCAACAUGGAAUACUGAGUUUGUAGCAUUUUGAUAGUCUGUUUAAUUUGUUCAUCUUUAGGUUUUAUUAUCAAUUUUUUCUCAUUUUCCAUGAGUUGAACCAGAAUUUCUUCUUUUUUUCUUUUUCUUUCUUUAUUUUUAUGGCUAUUUUGCUGGAUUAGGAAGCCUCUCAUGACAGCCUUACUCGCGUCCCAUACAGUGUCCAGACUGGUUUCUUUAUGUAAAUUCCAUUCAAAAUAAUCCUUAAUUGUCUCUUUCGCUUUCGCUACUAUUUUUGGGUUCUCAAAUAAAGUGUCAUUCAUUUUAGUUCCAGAUAAAUCGAAUUGUGGUCCGAUAGAGUUCGUGGAGUGAUCUCAAUUUUAUUUACUCUGGAAACCAGUUCUUUAGAGACCCAAACAUAGUCUAUCCGACUCGAGCUUUGGUGAGGUUCCGAGAAAAAGGUGAACUGUUUUGUAAUUGGGUGUUUCCACCUCCAGGUAUCUAUUAAGCCAAAGUUUUCAACCAAUUCAAAAAAUUUUGGGGGGAGUUUACCCUCAUUUAUAUUUUUUCUUUUUGACAAUCUAUCCAUUUCUGGCCUGACCACCCCAUUACAGUCCCCCAUCAGAAUUAUUUUCUGAUCUAUAAAUUCCACCAAUCUUUCCUCUAAUUUUCCAAAAAAUUCAGCUUUAUUUCCAUUAGGGGCAUAUAUUCCCACAAGAAUUAUCUUCUCACCCUGUAAUGAAAUUUGCACCACAAUCACUCUCCCCUCAUCAUAUUUGGAAAUCAGUUUAGGAUCUAAUCUCUCCUUUAUAUAUAGCACCAGGUCCAAAAUUAUUAAACCGGUAUCACAAUAUGGACUUCAAACCGGUUUUGGAUGGCAUAUCCAUAUAUCGCCAAGCCCUAAAUGCAAUACAUCUAAGACAGAGGUUUCCAACCUUUGGGAUCCAUGCCCCCCCAACCAACUACAUUCUUUCUGCGGCACCCUUGUGAGGCUCAGGAGCCCAGUUAUUGUUAGGAUAUUUCCGUUCCACCUUAAAAGGGAGCAGGCUUUGUGAGUCAGAGUCUGCGCAUUUCCUGUUCACAGGAUGUUUAUGUUUCCUAUUGCUUUCGUUUUCUUUCUGUGUCUGGAGACACUGAUGCAGGCAGUCAUGUUUUUCUUUGUUCUGACCAACGCUGAAUAAACUUGUAAAUAAUGCUCUCCUGCGUGCAUCUUACGCUGUGAAUUAUCUGCUGAUAGAGUGUGCAUGAGCUCUGGAAUGUGGCAAGCUAUUACUGGAAACUUGUUUCGCUAAUUGCUGAUACUGUAUCUACGGGAGAUCGAUGGAUCGUCCGGCAGCCAGCUUGGGGUCCAUGAUGGACUUUGUCUCCCUGGCAGUAUCCCAACAGUUAUGUCCCCCCCUUGAUUGCAGAGCUGGCGGCUUCUCACGCUUUCUCAAACACCCUCCCUUGUGGGGUGUUCCCUCAGCCUCCUAUCUUCUCCCCUCUCCUUAGGCGUGCUCAGGGUAGCCACAGCUUCUGCCCCUGGUCUCUAACCUCCCCCCAACCCCUGCCCCAAAGAGCUUGUGGCCAGGGCUGCUGCAACAAACAGCUCUGCAAGCCUUUGGGAGGCAGAGACAUGAGAGGGCAUCAGAGGAAAGAGGGAUGGAGGCCAGUGUUCCCUGCGACACCCCUGACCAUCAUUCAAGGCACCCUGGUUGAAAACCACUGCACUAAGACGUUUUAAGUCUGGACCUUGGUGACUGAUGCUCAGUAAUGUCUGAAAAUGUCGAUUUUGAGGUGCUAUGUAAAUGCUGAACAUGUGGUUGUUAUCUUUUUCUUUAAAAAAAUAAAUAAAUACUGAGGUUCUGUAGCUUUUCAAAAACACCAUGAGAAUAAUCUUUCUUGGCUUGCAGUCAAUAAAGAAAAAAAGAACAAAAGAACUCUAAACUACUUUUCUUUAUCCUGGAAAUCAGCACCAAGGACAAGCAGAAGGCCAAUUUCCCAUCAAGUAUAGAGGUGCCAUAUAGCAUGGGCGGGGGUGGGGUGGGGUUAGGAACAAUCAGUGCUGCUUAGGAACAAUACUUGCUGCAAAAUCCUUCUCUUUAGAAGCACUCCUGCUCGCUCUCUCUCUACCCCCCCCACUCGCCUCUUUCUUUCUUUCUUUCUUUCUUUCUUUCUUUCUUUCUUUCUUGUAAUUUCUAGGUUCUGAGCAACCAUGUUUCCACGCUGGGAAAAUAAUAAUAAUAAUAAUAAUAAUAAUAAUAAUAAUAAUAAUAUAUUAUUUAUACCCCACUGUAAUGGAUUUAGGGGUUGCUCGUGCGUAAGUUGCCGCCACUCCUGGCUAGGUUACCUGGUUAAACCCUUUCUGACUGAACAGCCUCUAGCAUCGUGACUGUCUCAGUCGCUGGCAGAAUCCGUCAGUGGGCGUUUCUUAAACUUCUUCCAGCACAAAAGUUCUUUGACGCCUAGUCUCCGCCUAGUCUCCCUGCGCGGAAGCCUUCUGCGCAGGGAGGGUGUGGGCAGUGGAGGACCCGUACUCUCUCCGCUGGUCUCCGGCGAGGAGUCUUGGAGCCUCCUCUCCAAUUCCCCCAUCUGCCCCCCUUCUGUACUGGUGUUAUGCUGAUUUCCUUCCCCAGCGGACGGGCUGCCUCUCUCCCUACUGGGACCCUCUCCUGCAUCCCUCUGGAGCCUUCCCUCUGCCUCUAGCUCCGAUGGCAGUCCCCUGACUCCCACCCAUAUGGCUGGGUCCCCCCAGCCACUCUGGGUGGCUUCCAACAAAACACUAAAAUACAAUAACCUAUUAAACAUUAAAAGCUUCCCUAAACAGGGCUGCAUUUAAUAAUAAUAAAUAAAUUAAUAAACUUUAUUUAUACUCCGCCCUCCCUGGCCAUGACCGGGCUCGGGGUGGCUAACACCAGGUAUAAAAACAAUUGAUUAAAAUACAACUUAAAAACAGAAUUAAAAUACAACUUAAAAUGCAGCCUCAUUUCAGUGGAAGCCCAGAUCAAAAACUGUUUGGGGGGGAGAAAAUAUCAAAUCUUCACCAAGGCCAACUAUCCAGACUGGUCCUAUGAAACCUAUGAAAAUGCCUUGCUUUUAUCUAUUCCGUUUAAAGCUAUUCUCUGGCUGACUUAACAUAUUGGAUGAUAUUAGUGUUCUAGAGUAGUGUAGGUCAUGUAACAAAGUGAGAAUGUAACACCAGGUUCUGGAAAUGUAGUAGAAAGCUAUUCCCCUGUUUUUCUUUAAGACUUACAGAAAGCUGAAGCUGAAUUAGAUUUCAAGCACAUUUUGGAAGUGUUUCUUAAAAAAAUGGAAGUUUGCUAACCAGCUUCAAGUGCUAGUUAAUUCUGGUUAAACAGGGAAACCUGAUAAUCCUUAGUGUUAGAUAAUGUGCUUCUUCUUUGGGGAUCACUCUUCAUGUCUUCCAUGAACACAGUUUUAACAGUGAGUCCAUAAGUGACCAUGGAAGCCAAUUCUGGAUCCGUACGUCCUUCCACAGUGGGGACAUAGGUUUCCAGGCAGGAGUUGAUCACGAUGUGGAUUUGCCUAACAUCUCUUCCUCUUAACUCAUUUCUUCCUUUCAUUCUGAAUUUGUGCUUCUUCGUGAUGAUUUUGGUGGAGGCGGGUGGUGCUGUGGUCUAAACCACUGAGCCUUCGGCUUGCCGAUCAGAAGGUCGGUGGUUCAAAUCCCUGCGAUGGGGUGAGCUCCCGUUGCUCGGUCCCUGCUCCUGCCAACCUAGCAGUUCGAAAGCAUGUCAAAGUGCAAAUAGAUAAAUAGGUACCACUUCGGCGGGAAGGUAAACGGCAUUUCCAUGCGCUGCUCUGGUUCGCCAGAAGCUGGCCACAUGACCCAGAAGCUGUCUGCUGACAAAUGCCUGCUCCCUUGGCCAGUAAAGUGAGAUGAGCGCCGCAACCCCAGAGUUGUCUGCGAUUGGCCUUAACCGCCAGGGGUCCCUUUACCUUUAUUCUCCAGUUAAAGCUCUCUCAGGCCACUGUUUCCCAAUUAUCUGUUCUUAUACUGCAUUUUUUAUGAUUUGCCCUGAGAGCAUCUUUAAACCUCUUUUGUUGUCCACCAGCAUUGUGCUUUCCAUUAAGUUUGGAAUAGAGUAGUUGCUUUGGAAGACGAUAAUGAGGUAUCUGAACCACAUGACCAGUCUAACAAAGUUUAUGUUGAAGAAUCAUUGCUUUGACACUGGUGAUCUUUCCUUCUUCCAGUAGACUGACAUUAGUUUGCCUGUCUUCCCCAAGUGAUAUGUGAAUUUUUUUGGAGGUACCAUUGAUAGAAUCUUUUGAGGAGUUGGUGAUGGUGUUUAUAAGUAGUCCGUGUUUCACAAGCAUACAGUAAGGGUUGGUAGUACAACAGCUUUUUAAACAAGCAUUUAGCUUUCCUCGUGAAUUUCCUGGUCCUCAAACACUCUGCACUUCAAACAGGAGAAAGCUGCACUCGCAGAGCUCAGGCAACGCUGGAUUUCAACAUCGAUGUUGGCCCUUGUGGAUGCUUGGAGGGUCUGGCCCACUCUCAAACUCUUAAUUGUGGCUACAAGAUGGACCCCAAUAAAUUCAUCCCAUGGUGUCCAGCAUGUUAAAUCAUUUGCUGAAACUAAGCAGAGGGGAGGAAAAAACAUUCACUUCCUCGAAAUAGCUUGUGUUUGCCUAGGAAGUAGAAUGCCUCUUCUGGCUGGGGAUCCCAGGGAUCUAUCAGAAUACCCUGAUAGAUGUGGUCAGCAGCCUUGGAAGAGCUACGUACCCUUGGGCCUGGCUAUACAUGCUGUGCAAUGGUUUUCUGUUAGCUGUUUAGGGCAGGACGAGCAUUAACAUGGCUCCAGAAUUAAUCUUUUAGUCGUAAUAGGUGGUCUUUAUCUUUAUAGCUCUUCUGAAAAUAUAAUUAGUAGUUUUUCAUUGAGUUGCAUGUGUUUUGAGCAUGGAUGGCUAUAUUAUUUUACUGCACUAUAACUUACCCUCUUGUGGACAGGGAACUAACCUGUAUGGCAAGAAAGGUAGAAAAGUUAUGGCCUAAGAGUCCCUUGCCUCUCUUCUGCUUAAGCAGCUUCAGUGUGUUGAAUGAUAUAAUACUGAAAACACUUGGGCACACUGUUUUUGUAAAUAACAAAUGGACCAGAAUCUAUUUGUAUAGAUUUUCUUGCAGUGUUGCCCUUGCAUGCUCCCUCUGGUAUGGAUUCUUGGAGCAGUGGUGCUCCUUCCAAGUCUGUUAGUCUUGAAUUAAGAGAAGUGUCUCAUACUUAUAGUGCUGUUGGAUUAUGGUGUCAGUUAAGGCACUGGCAUUUUGUUAUUUUACAAGCAACCCUUGUUGUCCCCUCCCCCCCCCCCCACAAUAAACUUUUACAAUUUCCUUUCGUGAUUCUUGGUGUUUCAGUUAUUCUGGCUAUUUUAUAUGGAGAUUUUUUUUAAAAAAGUUACAAUUACAAGAUUACAAAUGAACUGUGGUUAAUUCCUCUGUUUGCUUGGGCAGAUCGAUCUGUAAAAUUCCAGUGGCGUGUUCAAAUGUGUUUUUUCUACAUCACUACUUGCUUAUUCAAUGGUUGUUGUUUUUUGCAUUUCUAAGAAGUAACUGAUGUUUCUCGUGUGGGGAAAUUGAACACAAGUUUAGAGAUCCUGCAAUAGUUUGUUAAUGAACUUCAAAAAAUUACUAACUUCAGUAGCACAAAAUCUACACAACUCCUGUAGUACUAGGCAAAGAAUCUGUUCCUGCAUAAGCUAUUCCCAUCCUACACAAUACUUUUUUUCUUGCAACACUCAGCAUACCAUUUUCUGUGGUUUCAGGUUCUUCUUUGUGCCCGUGUUUAGUGUCUAAAAGCAGAUUUUCUCGUUGUAGGGAGAAGCUUGAAAUCUUAACAGUCCCACAAAUUUUAAUGGGCUACUUGGCUCACUCUUAAGGUUCAGCCAGUAGUAGAAAGACGAACCAAUGUUUCAUGAAAACGAAAUGUCACACAUGUCAUUCGCCGAUCUCAUAAUCUUUGUAGCACCAUGAAGAAGGUGGAAAUCCAUAUCAGCCAUCACACACAAACCAUUGGUAUCCCUAAAGCUUUCAUAAAUUAAUUAAAUGGACUUUGGUGCUGUUGGCCAUGACACCUGACUAACAGAUGGACCAACACUUUCAGUAGGCAGAGAAACCCGUUGAUUGGAAGUUGCAUGCCUUUUGGACCAAGAAGCUCCCAGUUUCUAUUGACCUGUUUUUAAACAUAUUGGCUGCAGUUGGUAAAUCUCCAUUUGAUAUAUUUGUGUGUGUGUAUGGCUGCAGGGCAAGAACUCUGAUGGCACUGUUCCAUAUUCAAUUAUAAACUGAGCUGUUCCUUCCUGGAAUGAUUGCAACAUAUGAGGAAUUUGUUGUUAUUCAGUUACCGUUGAUAGGCAGGUGCUACAUUUUACAAGAUCCUACAUGCGAAUUGAUUAUACAUAACACAUGUAUUAGUUGGGGAACCCAGUUUCACCAACUUAUUGUAGCACAGCAGGAAUCACAUGACAUCAUUUCAUUGCCUGUGCAAGUCGGGGAGGCUAUAGCAAGGGGGUAUAAGGAGCACUCGAGUUGUGCAACAUCACAACUUUGCGGUGGUACAGCUGCAGCAUCCACAUACAGUAUUACAGGCCCAGUGGUCAAGCAGAGGUUUUUGCCCAUUUCCUUGCCUAGCACCUUCAACAAGUUCUCAUCAAAACACAUAGACAUCCAAAAAGCUUUCCUAGUUAACACUGCCACCAGCUCAAGUAUCCCAAACCAUUAAAUCUGCCCCAGAUUCUUGUACUAACUUCCUUCUCGACCCUCCCAGAUCUGUUUAUCAGUGUUAGGAAUUCCCCAGGUGCCAGGCACAUUUUUAGACUGGCACAGGUCCAAUUGCAGCCAGGUGGAGAUCUCUGGAUGCCAGGUUGGUUAAAGACAUCUCCAUCUGGCUAGCUCCCUCCAGCUUUCCAAAACAGGUAAGUAGAAGUGCUUAUUUGUGCCCCACCUUUUCCUCCAAGGAGUACAUAGUUCAUCCCCCCCCCCAGUCAAUCCCUACAACGACUCUGUGAGGUAGGUUAAGAGGUUGUGACUGGCCCAGGGUCACCCAGUGAGCUUCAGGACUGAGUGGGGAUUUGAACCCUGAUCCACAUGCAGCUGCUGGGUGACCUUGGGCCAGUCACACUUCUUUGAAGUCUCUCAGCCCCACUCAUCUCACAGAGUGUUUGUUGUGGGGGAGGAAGGGAAAGGAGAAUGUUAGCCGCUUUGAGACUCCUGAAGGGGAGUGAAAGGCGGGAUAUCAAAUCCAAACUCCUACUCCUCCUCCUCCUCCUCCCAAGUCCUAGUCUAAACACUACACCACACUGAUGAUUUAAUGUGUUGUAAACCACUUUGAGAUUUCUUCAGAAUAUAAAGCAGGGUAGUGUUCUUUCUGAAUGGGAAGGGAUGUUGGCAGAGAUCACAGUGUUCUUCCCUUCGCUUAAAAUAUAAUGAUUUUUUUGUUUGCAUUUGCAGUGUGCCAUGUGCAAGAGACAUGCAGGAAGUUACUAAAACCAAAGUGAAAUGUCUUUAUUCUUCCAUGUUUACAUUUCUGGCUUUAUUUUUCACAAAAGCAUUAAUAAUAAAAUCUGAAGUAGCCAGCAGAUGUUGUCUGCAACACAGUUGGCCUUACUAAUUGGCAAAUGGAAGAGGUUUCACUGUCCCUGCCUUUGAGAUGCAAGGUUGCUGGAAGUUCUCUCUUUUCUAAAAUAAACAGAGCAAAGAAAAAUAAGCAUUGGUGUGCUUGUUAGCUAUUUGUGAUAAAAUAGACACCUUACACAAGACUUGAAGGUAAAUCCUUACUUGUCAGGUUGGCAACUCCUCCAGCCAGCAUUUGCUUGAAGUUUCUACACUCCCAUGGUCUCAGAGAGUUAACAAACAGAAUAACCAACCAGUUGCCAACUGUCACCUCCUUCCCCCAAUACCAUUUAUUCUUUGUGAAAUAUAUUUACAAUGUAUAGACAGUAUAAUGACUAACGAUACUUCACCUUGGCUAUUAAGGCCACCUCAAACAAAACUUCCUCGGAAUUAAUUCAGAUAAGCAGAAACACAAUUUUAAGUGCUCUCCGAUUCCCACCCACAUUCAAAACCUGUACAUAUGGCAAGCUAACACAAGGCUAAAAGAAAAACACUUCUAUAUGACGUUUGAAUAUUCCUUUUGCCGCAAGCUUUGGUGCGAUUCCAGAGAUAUGAAGCUUCAGAGAUGUGAUUCCCACCUGGAUUCUGAAGUGAUACAAUCUCACAGGGAGUACGUUAUGUACAUCAUGUUUAAGUUACAUCUGCUAUGGUGCUGAUAAAUCUCACGAUGCAAGGAGCUCCUAAUGGUGUAGUAUUUUCUAAGAGUACUUGCUGCAUGUCCUUGUUUAAACUUGAUAGAAAGGAUUGUUCAAAGGAUGCUGAUAGUUGAUGUUAGGGAUAUUCGCUAUUUGCCCAUUGCACAUCCGCCUUUAUAAUUUUUGUUUUUAAUAAUAGCUGUUUCUUGGCUUUAUCUCUAAGUUGAGUUCAUUUGUGUGUGUGUGUGUGUGUGUAAGUAAAACUGUUGGCUGACCCUACUGUUCUAUAAUAAAAGCCAAAGAGAAGAGCCAUUCAGUAGUGACUGAAUAAUUCACAUUUAUAGAAACCUUGCACCCUACUAUACCAAUUAUUUGCCAUUUAAAAAAGAUCUGUUCUAUAGUUCCCAAGUCCAUUCUCAGCGCCUGCUGUGCUGUCUCACCUUGUUGUUGAGAGGAUUACAAGUCCCAGCCUUGGACAAUUGUAUUUCUGCCAGGCUCUGAACACCUCGGAAAUACAGCAUGACAUAUGUUCCCAGAUGAGGAAUUGCUCCAGAGGUUCCUCAGGACACCUUUGAUCUUCCAUCAAUUUUCCAGCAGUCCGUCUAGCUCCAAAGCUUGCAGUUGGAAAGGGAGCAGGGGAUUAUUACCUUGUGCUUAGUUUUGGAGGCAUAACACAAUGUUGGGAACAAGUCCCUGCUAGUUGAGGGAGGAAAAGGGACCUGAUAAAUGUAGCCUUUUUUGUGGUGGCUACAAAGCCCAAUCAAAAUGUGUGAAUCCCUUCAUAAUCAGCAUGUGCCAAACCUGUGAUAAUUAAAGCAUCGUUUUCUUCUGAUCAAGUUAAAAAUGAUUGAACUUUCCUUGAUUACAUUUGACUGGUCAAUUGGCCAGAUUUUUUUUCUUUUUUUUCUUUUUACUAGUUGGAUGCCCAGGUCUUGAACUCGUAUUAGGUGGUCUCUGAGCACAAUUUGAUUACUUCUUUCUUCGUGAUCUGUCCAGUAUCAAGACAUAGUCUGAUGUGCUGUAAAUAAUGUUCAAUGAGCCCAGAAGGCAAUUCUAGUCUUUGAAAUAAUAAAAAAAAAACCAGUAUAGCUUUAUUCAUAAAAUUAUAAUUAAACUGAAAGAUCCUUAAUACACUGAAUGAAGAUUUGUAAAUACCAGACCAGGCAUUUUAAGUACCACAUUUUUCGCUCUAUAAGAUGCACCAGCCCACAAGACGCAGACACACCAGCCCACAAGACGCAGCUAGUUUUUGGAGGAGGAAAACAAGAAAAAAAAUAUUCUGAUUCUCGGAAGCCAGAACAGCAAGAGGGAUUGCUGCACAGUGAAAGCAGCAAUCCCUCUUGCUGUUCUGGCUUCUGGCUUCUGCAGCCUGCAUUCACUCCUUAAGACGCACACACAUUUCCCCUUACUUUUUAGGAGGGAAAAAGUGAGUCUUAUAGAGCAAAAAAUAUGGUAUCUGUAGAACAAAGCCCUUUAACACAAGUUGCCGUUGUGAUUUAAAUGGUCUGAAAGGGGUAGUUCUUGGUAGGAUGAAAUAUUUUAUCUCAUGAACAUUCAAGAUUUACAGCUAGUAAUUUGGUGUGUUUGAAUGGAGGAAAAUCCAUUUUUAAGCACUAGCUUGCAUUUUGAAAGUCCACAUAGCCUUCAGGUACUUCUUUUUUUUACAUGCUGUGUUAUGACAACUUGCUCCAAACUUGUCUUUUAAGAGAUGGGUGCACACAGUACUUGGGUCUUUGCCCGGUAUUCACAAUGACACCAGCCUCAUAAUUGUAGUAUUAAAGUAGGGGUUUUCACAUCUCCUUAAAAAAGAAGAAAGCAAUUAACCUCUCCAGCUCUUUGGUCUUUAAAUACGGAGGCAUCUCCUUUGAUGAUAACAAAUGGCAUUGUUCAGAUUUUUGCAGGAAGAUUUUUGCUCCACCAGAUUUAAAAGUUAGCAGCAAUAAUAAUUAGUGAAUUAUACUAUUCCACAUGACAUUAUCUCUUGGGCAAAAUGGGUCUUUAGUCAGUGAUGCUACUAGAUCCUUAUAUUAGCUUUAAGUGCUGUGAAAUCUGGCCACCAGACAGGGAGUAAAUGAGAAAUAUAUGCCAAGAAGUUCUAUUUAAAUGUAUAUUAUGAGUUAAUGCAGGAAUUGCUUAGGUUGCAGUCCUGUGAUAGAGCCUUUUGAACUCAGUUUAUUUCUGAGUAGGCACGCAUAGCACAGCCUUUUUGAAGUUAAAGCACCAUGCAAUGUGGGAGGGAAAUUCUUUCUUUUCCCUUGAACAAACUGUGAUGAUAUGAUAGAAAAAUGAAAUGUUCUUUUCAACAGAGGUUAGCAUCUAGCCAUUGUGCACGCAUACAUAACAACAAUAGCUCCCCCCCCCUUCAAAGUUUGGUAAGAACUUUCUGCUGCUUACCUUUUGACGCCUCUGCAACCAAAUCACAGCAGAUUACAAAUAUAGAGUGAUUUUCCAUCACAGCAGAUUGCAAAUAUAAAAUGAUUUUUCUAUCACACAGCUGGAAGUCAAGUACCCAGCCACAGUGGAUUUGCUAACUAGAUAUCCUCACCAAAUCCUCUUGGUGCUAGAACAUAUUGUGUUUACCUUCCUGUACUCAAAGGCACCUUUGGAAUGCAACUUGCAGAGCAGAGUGCUUGGGGAUGAUGCGUAAUGCAGCACAGCGCCAGCUAUGUGGUUACUCUCAUUUAAGCUUUUAAACACUCAUUUAAUAUUUUAAAUAGAAACUGUUGGUCUGCUGCGUUUUCAGAGCUGGUUUUACUCUCAGUAUCGCUUUGUCUGUGUAAUGAAAAAGGGGGUGCUUAGGCUGCUUCCUUUUUCCAGGUCAAGGAAUAUACAAAAGCUAUGUAAAAGGGGGAAACUUUUUUUUUACGCUGCUCAAAAAGAAGAAAGGUUUUCAAUUUCCUUUUCAUUGCUAAGAUGAAGUUAAUUGUAUUUAUUUAAUGAUGGGCAGAGUAUCCCCUCUUCUUCUAACUUGGUUCUCCAGAUAUCCCCGUUUCCCGGGGACAGUUCCCGGAUGUACAAAUUAGUCCCCAUACAAAAUCCAUUGAAGUUGAAAAGUGUCCCCGGAUUCAUUGCAAAAAAAUCUGGUAACCUUACUCCAGAUUGCAUGUAGGCAAGUAUCUUCCAGCAGCUAAACAUGUAGGCAAGUAUCUUCCAGCAACAUCUUGCCCUUAUCUACUAAAUCCACUGCCCAACAGAUGCAAUUUUGUUUUCUGGUGGGGGCUGCUGAAGCACGGAAAAUGGAUGCUAAACAACGUUUAAUACUCCUGUUCUCUAAGCUCAGCUAUUUUUUCUAGUUUAGGGUUCCACAUGUGAGUUUAAAGUGGAUUAAAAGCUCUCUCUCUCUCUCUGAUGGUGUACAUAUGAUGUCCUCAUUCAAGGGGUAGCUUCCCCUUUUUCUGCCAGUUGACUGGGAUUUUUCCAACCCACAGAUAACCCUAUAAAGGAAGAGAAUCUAAUUUCAAAUUGCACAUUACACAACUCUGAACACACUAAGGUGCAUUGUUUGGGCAGGGCUUUAUGUUUGUGGUGACGUUUCCUCGAGUGCUGUCUAUCACCUUACUUCUGCUUUCUUGAGCACAACCUAGCCAUUUUGUUUCCUCAGCCCAAAGGAAAGCAUGCAGUGUGUUUAUUUUCACUGCUUGUUGCCAAAGGCAACUCCGUGGCGCAGUUUCUUAAAUGUUUUAAACAGCUGUUCCAUGCGAAACUUCUUCACUGCAAAAUCGCUGUAUUAAAAAAAAUAAAAAACUGGCCGUUCCGGGGGGGGGGGGGAAUCAGCAGGUACAGGAGAUAAGAAGGAAAAUGGAAAAGAAAAAUAGCAGCGCUUGUCCGCUCUUUAAACACUCCUCCCCUCAAAUCGCUUUCCCUAUCCUGCAAUGGCCACAUGCCUCAUCAAUUUUAUUUGCAAUGCAUUUGAACGUAUUUACAAGCCGAGUUGCACCUCUGUUUUGUGCAUCAGCAGGAGGGCCUGGAGAUUAUAGGACCUUGUAUCCUGCAUGACCAUUUCUUGCUGUAUUGCAGUGCUUUUUGGUGGGCUGCUAAAUCUCAAAUCUCACCUGGCUGGGUGCUCUGCUGCCAAUAAGGGGAAAUAGAUAUUCACUCCACUUCCCUGUGGGGAGGAGUUGCGGUGAACCACAUGGCCAUCCAUUCCCGUCGAGGGGCGGGGGGCAGAGUCACACGUCUCCCAGAGGUCCCCGCCCACAUCAUUGUUCCAACCAGCCAAUCCACUGGCUGGGGGGGCGUGGCCGGGCCCCAUUUAAAUGGUGGUGUGAGCCAGAGAGCUUCCUUCUGGCUCGCUUCCUCAAUCUCCCGCCUGCCCACCCUAUUUUCAGGUUUCGAUAUUGGCCUUGCUAUGGACCUCAGUUGGUCACCGUUGAGGGGUCUGCUGGGAAUUUUUCCACUUGGCAAAUUGGCAUGGACCAUUUGGUUUUUGCCUACCUCAGACCAAUCAUCACAACUUUGUAAGGUUUGGCAGUUAGGAAUUGGUUGAUCUUAUGAUGGGGGAGGGGAGGUGUGGCCAUCGCCUGCCCCUCCAAGCUUAAGGGUGUUCCGUUAAAGCAGCGGUUCUCAACCUGUGGGUCCCUGGAUGUUGUUGGACUACAACUCCCAUCAUCCCUGAGCUCUGGCCUUGCUAGCUAGGGGUGUUGGGAGAUGUAGGUCAACAACAUCUGGGGAUCCACAGGUUGAGAAAGGCUGUGUUAAAGGGAUCCGGGGGUGUUGAUCAUGUUCGAAGCCCAGGGCAGGGCUAGGGCCAUGCCACGACCCCGUCGGGAACCCAGGGGGAGCUUGAGUUGGUUUGCAUUGACGGGGCUCCCCCUACUGGUGGUGGACCCUUAUAGGACUCCCUGUGUGAUGGACAGGAGUCAGAUAUAGUCAGGUCAAUUCCAAUGCCUAAGCCAAUACCGCUCAUAAUCUGUAACCAAUAAAGUUGUGGCCUCAAUUUGCCCAAUAACCAUUAACCUAAUAUCUGUGUCCUUGUGUCUUAUGCAUCAACGAGGGGGUGGCUAUGGGGUCUCGACACACAACAGGUGGUACCUCUCCAUUGCCACUCAGCUGGGUAAAACAUGCACACACAUUUUAAGGGGCAUCUCGUUCGGCCCCCUGCAAUGCAGGAAUCUCAGCUAAAGCAUGCAUGGCAGAUGGCUAUCCGACCUCUGCUUAAAAACCUCCAAGGAAGGAGAGCCCACAACAGACCAUUCGACAGUCAAACAGCUCGUACCGUCAGAAAGUUCUUCCUGAAGUUUAUUUUUAUUUUUAUUUUAUUUUAUUUUAUUUUAUAUUAUAUACUACCCAUCAUCUGAGAAACACAGGGCAGUUUACAGCAUCAAGACACAAAAAUACGCCACAUAAUAACAAAAUAAGAACAAUUUUUAAAAAUCUAUUUGAGUAAAAGGUUUGCCAUUUUAGCCACCGUGAAACAUACUUGAAACAUUUGCUUGUGUGCAAGUUUGGUGUUGCCCAGUUCCAUGGGGGGGGGGAACAGUUUUCCAAAACAAAUAGAAAACUGAUCAAGAAAGCAAUUAUAUGCUAUUUAUUUGCAAUAAUCUACCAAUGUAGAAAGUCUCGUAAUAAUUGGUGCAUUCUGACAAUUUAGUUUUGUAGCAUUUGAGUGGGGAUUUGAAUUUAUGAAUGUCUUUUUCAUCCCAAUGUAACUAAUUGUCUUUUCAUGUUUUCCCUUCCAGUGUAUCUUGAGGAUAGUUUUGUAAAAUCUGGAGUCUUCAAUGUAUCGGAACUGGUGCGGGUGUCGAGAAGUAAGUUUCUCUUCUUUUAACCCAUAGUUUUGUGUAUUACAAUGUUUCUUGCUAAGAAUCUGAACUCCAGACCACAGGAAACAUUAACAUUUGAAGUCCGUGGAACCCUAGACACAUGCUAUAGUGAAAUCUUCUUCUCCCUUGGCCUCCCAUUGUUGAAUUGGCAUAUUCUGACAAACCAUUUGCUUUUAAAAAUACAGGCAGUUUUGUGGGGUUAUAUGCAUUGUUUAGUGUUUAUACAGUAGGAUCUGAUUAUAUAUCUAGUUAGUGAACCCUGUGAACUUCACUAAAUGACUUUGAGCAAGCUGCUAACAUUCUGACUUGCCCUGUAGAUAAGUUACAUGUUUACAGAGUACCGUAUUUUUCGCCCUAUGGGACGCACCGGCCCAUAGGACGCACCUAGAUUUUUGGGGGGGAAAUAAAUGAAUUUUUUUUAUUUCCCCCCCCCCCAGGUGCGGGGCUGGGGCGCGGGAAGCCCGAGCUUCCCCCAACCCCAGCCCCCAGAACAGGAAGCUCUCCGCAAGCCGUGGGAGCCCAGCGCGAAGUCACGCUGGGCUCCCACAGCUUGCGGAGAGCUGCGCGAAGCCCGCUCUGGGAGCUUGCGGGGCUGGGGGAGGGGGAAGCCCUCCGCCAGCCUCCAAACCACGUUGGGAGACAGCGGGAUGGCGUGCUGCGCCUCUCCGCUGUCCCCCGAGGUUGCGGGGCUGGCGGCAGGGACAAGCACGCUUCUCCCCACCGCCAGCCUCCAAACCAGGUCGGGGGACAGCGGGAUGACGGCGUUCCAUCUCCCCACUGUCCCCCGAGCUCGUGGGGCUGGUGGAGCUCUCCUGAAAGCCUUCAGCGAAAGCCUGCAUUCGCCCCAUAGUAUGCACACACAUUUCCCCCUCAUUUUUGGAAGGGAAAAAGUGCAUCCUAUAGGGCAAAAAAUACGGUAUAUUUAAUAAAUUAAUCCCAUUCAACGAGGUCCACCACAUAUCUAUGAUUAUGGCUGUAAACAUAUGGACACUUCCUUAGGAAUAAGUGCCAUCAAAUUAAUUUCUGAAUAAACCUGCAUAGGAUUGGGCUGCAAGCCUUUGGUUGAAAGAGCAGAGUGAGAUUGUCGUUAAAUUAAUAGUUUCAGUUCUAUACUAUUAGCUUUCUUUUAAUGAAGUAUCAGGUUGAUCUGUUCAGACAUUUUUAUUUUCUACAAAGGUUUGCAUACCAAGUUUAGUUUAUACUGAAGAUUGCAAGGAAGUUUUUUUUUUAAUAAGCAUGGAAAUCAGUUAAACAAGGAAUAAGCUUUCUUAUGCCAGCAAGGAAGAAAUGUUAUAAAUAGGAAGCUUAAUUUUAGUUCAGAAUAGUUAAUAAAUACAUUUCUUCAUCUGUCAUGAGAAUAAUACAUACAGUGAGCAUCCUAUAGUUAGAGAAUAGCCUGAGCUAAAAUUAUUCAUCAUGGCUUUUGAAUAUACUUGCAUGAUAAAGUGCAGUUGUUGGUUGAAUAGAAAAAUGUGUUAAUGUACAGCACUUGUGCAUGUUUACUCAGGAGUCAAUUCCACUGUAUUCCCUAGCACUUACUUUCAGGUAAAUAGGCACACAAUUGCAGCCUUUAGUAUUCUAAAUUGCAUUAAAGUCAUUCACAAAUAUGCAGCAACAGUGAAAACUUCCAAUUUCAGGUGUAUUUGGGAUUAUUAUACUGUGACAUGAAACAAUUAGUUUAACGUUCUGGGCCCUUCCAAUUAGCAAGUAAAUUGUAUGUAAACUACCCCAAGAAUUUGAUUGAAGGGCACCAAGAGAUAAUAAAUACACACAUUUGUUGUAAAUAAGUAAUGUAAUGCAUGCUUGUAUUAAUGAAAGUGAAAAUAAUGCAUGGAGCAUAUUAAUGUAUGUAAAAUAAGAGUUUAUUUUCCAAUAGAUAUUCUGUUUCACCAACUGAAACAAGCAUGUGUUUAUGCUGCAUUUAAAAUAAUCCCAUUUUUGUGUUGUUGCGUCCAGAAUAAAUACAUUUUAAAUUAUAUAACAGCAGUAUUGUACUUGUGACAGUAAUUUUCACUCUUUUCAUGAAAUGUUGACGGACCAGGAGAACUCAUGGAACUAGUUAAUCACAUCACUGUCUAGCUUUUCCCUGGUUAUGGGUUAAUUUUUCCUCAAAUUAUGCAACUAGGAAAAUUAAUUUCCUCUUGCUUCUCGUUAGACAAAAAUAUAGAGAGAACUUCGUUUAAGGGUGUGCUUUUGUUAGUAUUAAAUUGCUGUUUAAAGACUGGUGUGACUAUCUUAAUGCUGUGUUUUUUAGCGCCUAUAACCCAGGGAGCUGGAGUCAACUUCCCAAUUGGAGAACUUCCAAGUCAACCAUACUACCAUGACAUGAACUCGGGUGUAAACUUACAGAGGUCACUAUCCUCUCCACCAACCAGGUGAGCAUAUCAUUUUAAAAAAGAUCUAGCUAUUGUUAGGGUGUUUUUUGUUGUUGUUGUUGUUGCUGCUGCUAUUUUUUUGUAUUUUUAUUUUUAUAUCUUAUGCUUUAUGUGGAAAUUGUUCAAUUCAGCAGUGUACUUAUUGAUGUGUUUUAUUUGCAGUUUAAGACUACCAUUGUUAUCUUUUGUAAUUAUGCAACUCUUUUCAUGUCGUAAGCCUCCUUCAGCAUAGUUUUUAACGGCGGAAAGGCGGCGUGUAAAUAAAAUGACGAUGAAGUGCAAUAUUGUACUUCUUAAUUAUGUGUAGACAAGUAACAGUUAAAUAUUUCCAAUGCUUUCUAUUAAAAUGGAAAAAUCAAGUAGGUGUGGUGAUACAUUUUACAUUAUCAAGAAAGUCAACAAAAUAGGGUGGAAGCUUUCAAAGCGAUCAUUUUGUUAAACAAUAGCAACAGCAACAACAGCAAAUACUGUUGAUGUAAGAAGUGUGAAUAAUAAUAAUAAUAAUAAUCAUAAUAAUUUAUUCAUACCCCACCAAUCUGGCUGGGUUUCUCCAGCCACUCUGGGCAGCUCCCAACAGAAUAAAAGCACGAUAAAACAUCAGUCAUUAAAAACUUCCCUAUACAGGGCUGCCUUCAGAUGUCGUUUAAAAUCAGAUAGUUGUUUAUUUCUUCGACAUCUGAUGGGAGGGCAUUCCACAGGGCAGGCACCACCACUGAAAAGGCCCUCUUCCUGGUUCCCUUUCGCAGUGAGGGAACUGCCAGAAGGCCCUUGGAGUUGGACCUCAGUAUCCAGGCUGAACAAUGGAGGUGGAGAUGCUCCUUGUAAAUCUAGUGAGAUCCUUGCUAUAUGUACACACACACACACACACACAUACAUAUACAUAUACAUAUACAUAUACAUAUACAUAUAUAUUAUAUGCAUAUUCUCAGCCUCAAUGUAGCAUGUGAGCAAUAGGUUUUUGGAUCUGGAAACAUGAGAUCAGAGUUUGGUUUAACCCAGGAAUAGUUUUGGGCUUGACACAUGCCAUCUGGAUCAAAAGAGCUGUCUGUUGUUACUUUUAAUACACAUAAAGGCAGUUAAAUUAAUGCUUCUUCUUAUAUAUUCACAGUAAGAGACCCAAAACUAUAUCCAUAGAUGAGAAUAUGGAACCAAGCCCAACAGGGGAUUUUUAUCCUUCCCCCAAUUCACCAGCUGCUGGGAGCAGGACAUGGCAUGAAAGAGAUCAAGGUGAGUAAAUCCAUAUCUUUAUAGUGCUUCAGACUCAUUUAUGGAAUUUUGUUUUACCUCAUAAAUACAUUCAUGCUUUGCAGUUUGAAAUGGAGAUUCAAAUCUAAAUCUACUACUAGGCUGAAGUAUGUUCCUAGACUUUUCAAACUUACAAAGUAGUGUCCAUUAGUCAUCAUUAACCUUACCAUCAUUCCUUUUUUUUUUUUUUUACACCCAGAUAUUGUGAAUAUGCAUACCAAUUCUUUUACUAAAACAACAGUUUUCACUGGAAACUAAACCUGUCAAAUUAGAGGCUCAGGAUAGAUAUUAAUUUAUUCAUCUGACUCUUUGGCUAGCGGAAUCUAGCAACGCCGGUAAAUAAUUGAAUAAAUUAUUAAGCUUUCACCAUAUAUUUUAUAAGAAAAUGAAUAAACAUCCUGCCUUUUUUCUGGCCUUGUUUCUGUGCCUUUAAUAGCAAGUUGAUGUGAAAGGAUUAAGAAAGUAAAGCUGCCGGUGGUAUGAAGAAAAAGAAAUGGCUUCACGUGUUUUAUUUCCCCAUGUUGGUUUGCUAAUAGAGGUUCGGAAACAGGUCCAGAAAAGAUCUAAUAGCCUUAACCCUGGUGAUUUGCCUUCCUAUUGUAUGCUCCCUAAUGUCUUGAAAUUUUCAUUUUGCUUUGUUCUUAAAUUAUUUCUGUUUAUCUUUACAUAUAAGCCAAUGAACAUACUAGUUUACCCUCAACUGCCCAGUAACUGCUACCCUGAAAGUUGUAGACAUUUAGCCAGCAAUCAUUCUGCUCACCAUCCUUGCGCAUAGCAAACAUAACAAAGUGCACCUUCCGUUUAUCAUUUAUUAUUUUUAUUUCUUUAAGGCAUUCAUAUAAAGCGUGCAUAAAAAAAACAAACCAGGCAGCAAAUAAAAUAAAAAAUUAACCUUAAGACCAAAUAGAAACUUGAAUGCUUCCAUAAAAUUCCCACUUGGUCAUGCGCCUGAAGUUCAGCAGGGAGUGUGCCUGUCGAAUAUGAGUUGGGAGGAAGUUCCACAAUGCUAAAUAAAUGGCUUCUAAUAGUUCAGUUGUAAGGAGGAAUAGCUCACUGCCUUGAUAGCCAGCCACCCCUGACAUGGCCAGUUAUUUAGAGUAUCUUUUAAGAGCAGACAAAUUGUGAAGUCUUGGUGGCAUUCUUUUUUGCGUGAUCGCCAAGCAAAGUUGUUUGUUGAGCUUUUUUUAGGAUUGAAGUUAGGACUUUAUCCCAGGGGGGUCAGAUUAAAUUGAUAGGCAGGCCGAAUUAGGCCCCAGAAGCAGACUUUGGACAUGCCUGGCUUAGCAGCACAGAUCCAGGCAAAGGCUUAGCCUUGAAUAAAACAGUUCUUUACAUUUAACUUUCUGUUGAUACAAGUGAUAUGCCAUAUUCCUAGCUAAGUGGCAAUAGUAAUAAGGCCUGAUUGAAUUCCACCUCCUCAGCCCCACUGUCUUGCCUUAGAGGACAUCAGUGGCAGCUGUUUUCUUGCAACUGCCAGCAAGGGAGGGCUUUCCUGAACCAUGGGCUGAGCGAGAUCAAACUGCUGAGCACCAAUGCCUUGUCUUAGACGACAUCAGCGAGAGCUGUUGCCUAUGUUGGUGCCAAGUCUUUCACUGAUGUCCUCUGACAUCAGUGCAUGGAAGUGGGGUUGAGGAGCUGAAACUCGCCUAGCACAUAACGGAGGAAAGCGAAGCAUAUCUGAUCAGCAAAAAUCAAACUUCCUUAGUUCUGGCCAGUUGUCUCUGCCAGGAUUUCAUGCCCUUGUUUGCUAUUUGAAAGACCAGCGAUAUUAUACAGAAAAGUGCACGGGUUACUAGAAUUAGGUAUUUUGUGGUGAAAGGAUAUAACUUCUCCUGAGCCAGUGAAAGCUACCCAUUCUCAGAAGAUCCUUAUCUUUCAUUUCAUCACCUCAUGAUGUUAUCCAGUUUCCCAGUUGCAAUUAAUAACUAUUUCUAGCUUACACAUAAAAAUGAAUUACAUAUUGUAUAUGGUAUGCAAUAGUCUUUGUUUCAGAUUUAUAUUGAUCAUAGUUUUUUUGCCUCGUUUUUUUUUAACAUAGCAUUAAGAAGAUGGUUUUUGUGCAGGGUUUUUACUUCAAGGGAAUGUGCAAACUCUUUGGAGCAGUUGUGGUACCAAUCAUAAAAGAUCCAUUUUAGUAUUCCCCAAAUAUUUAUGUCUCUCAGCCCCUUUGCACCUCAGGCAGUAUCCCCCGUUCCCCCAAAUGAUCUUUUUACAGCAUGUUUAAACAAUAUUUUAUUUGGGUCAGUUUUUACAUUCUUCCCAUUUACUGCAAAAUAUCAAUUUGGAAUGUACUCCCCCCUCCCAACUUUCUAUAAAUAAUGCAAGUUUUAUUUGUAUCUUUUUGUACAUAUAUUUGCAAACAUGGGGAUAUAGGAUUGGGCUUAAAAUAAAAAAAGACUUGCCUAUUGGUUGGUAUUAUUAUUAUUAUUAUUAUUAUUAUUAUUAUUAUUAUUAACAUCUGUUGGGGUGCUCAGACAUUGCUCUUUAUUCAUCUCCCAAAGAAUGAGAUCAAAAGUGAUCCUCAAUUAUUUAUUUUUCAUUUUCCUCAGUUACCCUCACCACAUGCAGACAUGGUCGUCUGUACUAGGAACCUUCACAACUAUUUAAGGAGGAUUCUCGUUUACCCUAGUUAUUGAUAUUUAGAGUGAUUUCCAUACCCAGAAUAAGAUGCAAUCCCGUGCUCCCAUUUGUGUGAGCACUUCUGUACACCAUGAGGGGAACAGGAAGGGGAAAUGCAAUGAGUGAUGGGAGCACCAUCUGAACAGAUGCUCUGUUUUGUUGUCGUUGAUUUUUGGUACUGAUUUCAUGAAAAGUCACCCAAUUCUUAAAACUUGAAUGCUUGUAUCAAGAAGAAUAAUCUUUUAAGUUCCUUUGCAUGGUGGUCUCUGCAUAAUUCUAGUUGUGGAGUGCAGAGUUCUGUGGUGCUUAAGCUUUGGUGACCUGCAGUUAAGAGGAAAAAAAUUGUGUCUAAACGGAUUCAUGGUAAAAACCGGUCAUUUAAGGGGCCAGGGUUAUGGAGUGGCAUAAGUUCCUGUGUCCCCCCCCCUUCUUUAUUUGGCAGUUUUAAGUAUAGUCAACAAUUUUAACUGAAGUGUAGGAAAACAUACCUGGGCGAUAAAUCUUUUCCCCCUUUCUCGUGGUACUCGAGGCAUUGAAAAAAGCAACCUAUGUUAUUUGUUUAGGAUCUUAGUUCCAUUGCUUUAGUCCUGCUCCUGUAAUAGACGUUGAUAGGAAAGACAUUGCUUGUGGCUAUUGCCACAUGAAUUACACAAAAGAAAUAGGCUAAAAUGGGAAAGAAAAUGGGUAAACGUCAUGUGCCUAUGUCUGCAGAGGCAAUUUUCAAAAAUGGUCAUUGUCCAACCUCUUGCAGCUCCUUUAUCAUGAACUAUGGUGUAUCAGGAAUAAUUUUCCCAUGCAGAUUUAUUAUAGGGACUGGACUGUUUCACUUUUUUGCAGUCUAACCUUUGACUGAUAAUUCAUAUUAGUUUAUAGUAAUAAUAGUGCUGCAUGGAUGUGUUUGGAGUGUUAUUAGCCGAUUCCUUGCUAGGCGUUCUAAAUGGUUACUGAAUUGAUUCCUAUCCUGUCUCUUUAGUUUUAAGAGAUGUUUGUCAUGUCACUUUGCCUCUCAAACACUUAAAUACUUACAACUUUCGUUGAUGUGCUUCAGUGAUAAGCACGACCUUCCAUUGUAAACUAGACUGCCAGGUUUCGCAUAUCCUGAAUGUGCAAACACAAAUGUGUUUCCAACUUAGAAUAAGGUUGGUUUGGGAUAAGGCAGCAUGAUCAAUCUUUAAGAGGAAACCUUUGACACAUUCUAGGUUCCUCUCCGAGGCCCUGGUCCUUGGAGUUAACUAGUUCAUUCAAUCCACUAAGCCCAGACUUCCAGUAGUGGUCGUCAAAAUACCUGUCAUUACCUACUCAAUUCUAGAGAGCAAUAGGAUUCUUUAUUGUAUACAUUUACACAAGACAUGUGGUUUGAGAAUCCUACCAGAACACAACACACUCAUUCUCUCCCUCAUGGCACCCCCUUCACUCUCUGCUCAGCUCCACUCUUUUUUACACCCCUUUUAUCUGUCAAAGUCAACUCUGACGUUCUAUAUUUGGGGCUCGCUUCACUCAGAAUUCCAUCACACUCACCUGUUGUCCAUCAUUCUUCACCCAAGACAUUGUUACGUUGCGUUAUCAGAAAAUACUUUUCCGGUCUCCUGAAAUUCAGGGGCAGAUGUAUUUCUUACCAUGAAUUGGCACAUUUGACGUCUGGUUUUGUGGCAGCUUCAGCACCGAGAACUAUGGUUUUGAUGUUCAGAGUUGGUAAGUACCAAGGGACCUGGUACAGUUCAUCCCCAGGGUCUCCAUACGAGAGGACUCGGGUCACGUCACAAAGGACAAAAGAAGAAACACUAUUGGCCAAAUUGCUGCUUUCAUAAGAUUCUGAGGCUAGUGGCAGAAGAUGAGAUUAUUUGUAACCUCAGUUCCCAACAUCCAGUUGCCGUUAGAGUACGGUCAUGCACUAAUGGCAGGCACAGCUUUUCUAGAAGGUUCCUGAAGCUCAGCAGCACCUGAGAUCUUUGCUCCACAAGUAUGAAUAUGCAGAACCACAGUUACUGGUAAGUAAUUCUUCUUUUCAAAAAAAUAAAAAAUGAUGCCAAUUUUAUCACAGUGUGAGAAAAGAGAAUUUUGUGGGUUAAAAAUAUAUAUUUCAUGGAGUUUAUGUUUCACCGUUUAUUAAAGAUUAUUAAGUUAAAGUCAGUGGUUAAUAUGUUAUUUUAUCUCUUGAGCCACACUACUUUUUUUACACUCUCUCUCAUACACAUAUAAAGAUGGCAUCCGAUAUGUUAAUUACUUUAACAUACCCCCCAUUAAUUCAUUUAACUACUUUGCAGAUUAAUUUGAAAUAGUAAAUGCAAGUACAUGUCAGGAGCGCAAGAGCUCAGUGCACGCGCAUUCUUCACGAAGUGCUCAAAAAUUAGCAAGGGGACUUUGCAGUUCAUUUAAUUGGAAGGGAAUGUGCAAAGCACUGACACAAAAUAAAAGUUCAAAAGCACAAUAAUUUCACAGUAAUAGACUCUGAUCCAGUGCUGUUUCUGCCCGUGAGGUGCCUUGCCUGGCUUGAGCCAAGCUGAAUCUCUUGGAGAUGAAAGGGCACUUAAAGCAAUCUGUCAAAGCAUGACACACAUUUUGGCCAGGAUCCCAGAAGCUGCUUGGGGAGUAGUGGGGUACCUGAAGGUGCCUGGAAUUUCAGAUUAGAAAUCCUAGCAACCAGAACCAAGCACAUCACUCCCGAAUCACCAUAAUGGUUUGCCAGAAAAGAGGGAGAUGUUCUCUCCUCUGCUCAGACGCCACCGAUGCAGCUGGCUAUUUGCUAAUUCUGCAACUUCUAACCUAACUCUUGUCAAGUGACACAAGUUGUGCUAUAAACCCCCUAGGGUCUGGCUGCCUUUGCUAAGUAAUUUGUCCCUUGAGUGACAAAUCUAUACCAUGUUUGCUCAGGGAUGGUGGGCUUGGUCCUAGACAGACAACCUUGAUUUCCAAUUGCAAUGAACUGUCAAGGCAUUCCGAAACCAAAAGACACCUUUUGGGUUGGACACUGAUAUAGUGCAGGGAGCCGCAGACAGAGAAUGGAAAGGCAAGUCCCUGCCUGUACACAUACAAAAUGGCGUUUCUUGAAAGCACUAUUCAAAGCCAGGAGGUGAUAUGAAAAUGAAUAGUCAUUCCAUAGUUGAAAUUGGUAUGCAAUACGGCAUUUCCUUUUCAUCCUUACCCAGUUUUAUGAAGUAAUGAAAUGAUAGUUGAUAUUGCUUACCUUGGGAAAUGAAUGCAUUCCCCUCCCCUCUUUCUUUCUAAAAAAAUAACUAAAAUACAAUCGCUUUGAUGGGAAGAGGAUCUUGCUUAGAAAAGAGGAUAAUUUAAAAUGCAACAGGAUGCAAGAACAUUUGCCAUGAAAGGACUCUAUGAAAAGAACUGGCAUGGGUUAAGAAGAAGCCCCCAUACUCUAUAUAUAUAAUAAUAAAAUUUGUCCCUGGGAAAACAGCAGCAGUUUCUCUUGCACGACUCAACAGCAGUUAAACUCAUUCUUAACGUUAGACUAAGACAACAUAUUUACUCAGGCGUGGAAAGUAAUAGGAUGUUAUGGUGUGUUCCUAGAGCAUUGAAUACAGAUAUAAAGGCUUAUUUGAAAUUGUACAUUAGGGUGUACAAUUAAACACAUUUUAAUUUUACAGUUUCUUCAUCAUGCUCACUUUCCUAUGGUUCUCCUGCGUUCAGCAACAGCAAACUAGUACAACCCCAGCUUUCCAUUAAAACAGAAGUGCUUGGAUCCCCUUCGCCUGUUCUUCACCUUCCCCCUGCCGGACUUCCUUGUGAUGAGGAACAAGUAUCUUCUGCAGAAUAUCCUCCUCCUGGACCUCUGCCAUCUUUUGCUAUCUCCCCAUCUUCUGGACUUGCUUUCCCUGGAAUUCCUUUAAAUAUGGGGCCAUCUCCUGAUGGGCCUUUCCUUAUUAGACCCCCGUCUCACGGUUUUUCUAAAAUGGAAAUCUUAAUUUCAGAACUUAGAGAAUUAAAAGGGGAGGUACGUAGUGCUGUUCAGGAGCUGAAAACCAUAACUGGACAGCUAGGCCAGCUGCUCACCUACACAGGACAGAAAAAUGCAACUCCUAAGGCACACACCGAAGGUUAAGCCCUAUUUUUCUCCCCUGGAGAAACAUUCUUUACCUGGAAAAUGCAUUUAUUCAGUAAGGGUUCCUUUACAGGAUGCCCCUUUGAUUGUGUUAACUGUGUAUUCUGUCCUAACGAAAGCAUGACCAAAAGCUUCUUUUAAGAGAGUUAUAUAUCUAUAUUCCACUAGCAAUUUGUUGUACUGUUGUAAAUACUGAACAUCUUACAAUAUAUCCUAAUAAAUGUAUACAUGCAUUAUACACCAGCCUUUAUUGUGUUUUUAUUUCAAGUUCUUACCGUCAGUUCUUGCUUUCCUAAGACAAAUCCCUGCAAAGGAGCGGAUAUAUGCUGGGAGGGCUGGAAGUAGCGUUGUUGUCUAUUUUUUAAGAAAAAUCUUCCUGUAACCUGAUUGUGUGUUUUUUUCUAUUUUGUUUGCAACAUAAAACAAAACAGAGCAGGGGAUAGGAGAAGGGAUAGAGAGGGAAGAGAUCCAUAAUAAGUACUGUAUACAAAGCAUUCCAAAUCGUUUGUCCAUUGCAGAGUUUGCACAUGAGAGUCUUUGUAAUCAUGACCUGACAGGUGGAUGCCUUCCGUAUACCUCUUGCUAAAAAAACCAACCAACUAACCAACCAACCAGGUAGGGCUGUAAGAUAUUCUGGCCGUUGCUUUUAUUGUAAGGUCAGUUCUCCCAAUACUGGGAGGCUAGUUGUUGCAAGAGCUCUGUAUGUAAGAACCGGUGCCCGAGUUACCUUUCCAACCUCUUCCAUCCCAAUCCCUUUUCCUUUUGUGUUGCGUCUUUUUAAAUGGUAAGCCUGAGCACAGGAAUUGUCUUAUUACAGAUAUUUGUAAGCCGUUCUGGGAGCCUUCCCCCUCACCCCCCCCAAGUAAAGAAAAGGGUAAAAUCCUUUCAACAAACCCAUGUAAGAGGUUCCAUGUUGCUGGAAUAUAGUUCGAAAAUAUGUUCAUAUCAGAUAGCCAGGUCAGUAGCUAGUUAUCCAGAUAUAAACCUCAGUUGGGGGCGGGGGGGAAGGCACAGGUAGACAUUAACUGUUUUCCUGCUGCUUUGAAUUUAAGGCAAUGGACACUUCUGAUCAUCCUCAGCAAUGUCUGUUGCCCUGGAUAGCUUUGGGAAUGCAAUUUUCCUCUGCCUCUUGGUUCAUUGGAUUCAGAUGCAAAACACUGUAAAUACUUUCCCCGUCUCUCCUUUACUCUGGGGUUGCAGCGCUCAUCUGCUUUAUUGGCCGAGGGAGCUGGCGUACUGCUUCCAGGUCAUGUGGCCAGCAUGACUAAGCCUCUUCUGGCGAACCAGAGCAGCGCAUGGAAAUGCUGUUUACCUUCCCACCUAUUUAUCUAUUUGCACUUUGAUGUGCUUUCGAACUGCUAGGUUGGCAGGAGCAGGGACCGAGCAACGGGAGCUCACCCCGUCGCAGGAAUUCAAACCACCGACCUUCUGAUCUGCAAAUCCUAGGCUCUGUGGUUUAACCCACCCGCGUCCCCUCCUCAAAAUACAAUAUCUCAAAUUAUCUGAUCGCAAAAGCUGCUGCUUUAAAGUCAAAUCUACAAUCAACCGCCCUGAAAUCUUCUGAUGAAGGGCAGUAUAUAAAUUUAACUAACAACAACAACAGCAAUAAUUAUAAUAAUAAUAGCCAGGGCUUUUUUUCAGCCGGAACUCGAUGGAACUCAGUUCCGGCCCCUCUCAGGUGGGCGCCAUUGCCAUUAUAAAAGAAUAAGGGAAGCGUUCGUGGAGAGUUCCGGACCUUUUUUUAAUAGAAAAAUAGCACUGAUAAUAGCCUAAUACUCAGUUCAACAAUGGCUUUCUAGGGUCUCAGCCAGAGGUCUUUGUCCGUUAUGUCACCUGAGGACCAAACUAGAUAUGACAUGGGAGAUCUGUUAUCAGAAUAUCCUGUGAUUUUUAGGGAUUUUUAAACUAGGGGCAACUGCAUAUUUCCUGUCGUAGACUUAGAUCAGGAAACAGCAUGGGAGGAAAGUGAUAAAUAUCCCUCCCUCGACAUCACUUCAAAGCAGCCAUAGGGGGAUGCUAAUUUGUAGGCAAGUAAAGAAAUUGCUGCAAAAAUAAUAAUUAAAAAAUCACCCUACAUUUGUCACGCAGUUUCUGAACAUAAAUUUAUAUCUUCAUAUUGUAAUAUUUACUACCGUAAUUACUCAAAUGUAAUGCACAUCUUUUUUGGCUUAAUUAACGUCGCGAAAAUUAAGGUGCGUGUUAGAUUUGGUGGUGAGUAAAUAUUCGAGUAAAUACGGCAAUUCGCAGACACUGAAGACGGUAUUGAGCCAUGACUUGCUCAGGACAAUCAUAUGUUUAUUCCCAAGGGGGAAGCAGUUUGGGAUUUGGAAGGAAUAUUUAUAAUCUGAUUUAGUCAAAGGAAAUGUUAUCUUGAUGUAUGAAAUUAAAAUUGAUCGCAAUAAUAUAAGCAUGUUUAAGUUUAAAUCUGGUCUUUUCUCCUUUUCCCUCUCUCCUGUUUUAUGUCUGUCGCUGUAAUCAUCCAGAACUACUACAGUUUCCUUUUUUUAUUUUAUUUUAUUUUUUUAAAUGCAUUUUUUAAUAAAUAAAUAAAUAAAUAAAUAAAUAAAUAAAUAAUAAAGAACUACUACAGUUUCCAACAAUUCAAACAUGUUGACCCAGAUUGUUUUUUUAAAAAAAACCUAUGAAUAUAAGAUUUUUUUUAUGCUAACAGAACAUUGUGGCCCCAAUCUACAUACGAGCCCAUAGUUUUUAGUAGCCUUAAAUGUCCUUAAUUGUAUUGGAUUUCAAGCUGCGUCUAAAUGUGCUGCUUUAAAAUUCAUUUCAGUUCCUCAAAGGGAUCUCCUAAAAUGGAAAAUUCAACAGCAACCCAAUACACAUUUGCUUGGGAGUAAGUCCUAUAUAACUCCAUAGGGCUGUAUUCUGCUGUUAGUAGUUUUUCAAACUGGCUAACACCAGGACUCAAAAAUACUGAUCUUACUUGAUUGAUUUGUGCUGUAGACCAAUAUUUCUUAGAUUCUUAAUACACUGCACUCAGUAGCUUUUUUGUUUAGUUUUUUUUUUUACCCUAGAGGCAUUAUGAACCUCAGUGAUACGCCAGUUCUUAAUGGACAAACAACAUAUUAGCCAGUAUCAAGUGCAAUAUGUUUGGCUUUUACAAUUACAUUUCCUCACAGCCAGCAAGGCUUUGCUUUUUGCUUUUAAAGUUCUGUCUCUGUCGAUUAUGAAAUUAUCUGAAGAAAUGACCUAGAUGAUGUAAUCCACAACAUUUUUCUGUAGUGUAUAAAUCUAAUAGCCUGUUGUUAGUUUUAGGUAGGAUUUUGUAAUCGGGUGUUCUUAACAUUGCAGUGUUCUUGCUAGUACAGUUGUAUUAUAUGUAUAUUCUCCAGCAUAUUGAUCCUUCUAAUUUCUGGAGAACAUUAGGAAAGAGCUCAUCAUCAUCACAGACAGGAUGAGGAGGCUGCCCGAGUGAAGUCCUGUGUAAUUCAAGGAUCUCUUGGAACUGUAUUACACCUGUAUGCAGUUUGUGGUGCUGUGGUCUAAACCACUGAGCCUCUUGGGCUUGCUCACUGGAAGGUCGGCAGUUCAAAUCCCCAUGACGUGGUGAGCUCCCGUUGCUCUGUCCCAGUUCCUGCCAACCUAGCAGUUUGAAAGCACACCAGUGCAAGUAGAUAAAUAGGUACGCUGUGGUGGGAAUGUAAAUGGUGUUUCCAUGCACUCUGGCUUCCGUCACGGUGUUCUGUUGUGCCAGAAGCAGUUUAGUCAUGCUGGCCACAUGACCUGUGGACAAACACCGACUCCCUUGGCCUGAAAUCGAGAUGAGCGCCACAACCCUGCAGUAGCCUUUAACUGGACUUAGCCGUCCAGGGGUAUUUAGAGUCAGAUACUAAUCUGCUUUUUCCCCCUUUUAAAGAGUUUUCUUAGGUGUAAAAAUGAUUGCUCCCUUCCUGCUUAAAUUAGGGAAGACCGAAAAGGAAUAAAUAUUUCAGUUAGGCUGGCAUUGCCUGAAAUAGUUGAGUCCAUUUGCAGAAGGUGUAACCUGUGUUGUUGUUGUUUUUUAAGUAUUACUUUUGCACUACUUGAGAAUUGCACAAAAAAGUGAAAAUAAAUCGAUAGAUGAUGUUCUGAUUGCAUAAGACCAUGCACAUCCUUUUAUGCAAGAGAAAACAGAAGAACCGUGAUAGGGCAUGCUUAUUACAGCACUUUGAACUCUUGCACAAAUGUUUGUGGAAUAACUCCUAUCUAUAGUCCUUCUGCUUAUUGUUCUUUGGCUUCAAUAUAGCGCUCCUUGCAGAGAAAGAUUUCAUUUAAUUAAGUAGCUUGAAGCUGUGACUAAAUGGAGGUGGAUUUGGGAAUUAAAUCGGGCUGGCUGCAGUAGAUGCAAAACUAUUUAUUCUGCGCCUGUGCCCCUAUUCCUUGGUGGCUCUCCUCCUGUAGAUUCAUGGGAAAGUGAACAUGUUGUGUUACUGCCUGUGAAAGCCGAGCAGGUGUCCAAUGCAGGCAGGUGGAUCCUUGAACUCUGCCUCUCUCACAAGUUGACUCCAGGAAUGUUCCAUUAACAGGUGGCUCACUGAUUGGGGUGCCAUGUGACAUUUAUCGAGGGAGCUCCUGGGAUGGCAGACAGCUCCGUGCAGAGGCAGAGGGUCUGUGCUUUUGAUGAGGAAAUUGCUGAAACUCAUGUCUCAUUAGUGUUUCCUAAGGUUCUUUGGAAGCAAACAACAGUUUAAUUAAAGUCUGACGUAAACACAUUUCUGCACUCCUUCCCCGCAGCAUUUUAUCACAUUAGAAUUGAUCAAAAUAGUUGCCUUGGGCUGACUUGAGCAGAUAUACAUCUGGAGUGCCAUUUGUGCAAGCUGCCGUUGAGCUGGCUACAUACAUUAUGCUUCACAGCAACUCUCUCUCUCUUGCUUUCCUUUGUAGAUGGAAUUACCUUGUUGGGAGAUGAGUUGAUCUAACGUUCUCCCCCCCCCCCCAAUUUGCAUAAGCCUUUAUCUCUUUGAUGUGCUAGUGUUUUAAAUUUAUAACAUAACGCGGUCCAGACAUGUAUAUUCUUUACCUUUAUAGUAUUAUGCAAGAAUAACUUCCAAGCUUUUAAUCUAGCCAUACCUCCAUUUAAUUCCACCACCAACUCACACCAGUUUUAUUCAGAGACAUGUAUGGAUGUUAUGAUCUUGUGUUGUAUUAGCAUAAUGUUCAUUUAUAAUUGGUGUCAGCUAGAGAUGCCAGCACUUAAAAUCCUGUAGAGAAGCAUUAAUUGUUUAUCUCUCCACCACCCCAAAUGAAGGAGAUAUAUAUGUGGUUCCCAUUUUCUAGUCUUCUUGACACAGUCCUGUUGCAUAUUCUUUUUCAGUUACUCCAUAUUAUCAAUAUAUAUAUUAAACCGAAGAUGUAGAAUGGAUUGUUACAUUUUAACAGAGCAUCAAAAAGAUACUGCAAGAAAUGUCAUUUACAGAACAUUAGUUGAUAAAACCAGUGCUAAAAUAAAAAUUGUAAAUUGAACAAAUGCUGCGGGUGGUUGUGUAAUAUCUCAGUAUUUAAAGACUUGGUGAAAAGAAUAAGUCUUGAGCCUAUGGAAAGAAUAACAUUGUAGGUGCCUCAAUCUUCAGUGAGGAGGGCAUUCCACAUUUGAGGCACUAAGAAAACUUGUUCUCCUAAUGGUCUAUACUUGGAUUUGGGACAUCCUUCAGAACUUAACAGCUGGGCAGGUUUUCCUUCAUAUAACUGGGUCACAGGUUGCAUAGAGCUCCGUACAUCAACAGUAUAAACAGCAUCUGGUUGGCCACUGUGAGAAAAGGAUGUUGGACCAGAUGGUCCAUUGACCCAAUCCAGCAGGCUCUUCUUAUGUUCUGAACAACAUCAGCAUGUUGAAUUGGGCCUGGAAGUCCAUUGCAAAUCCCGUGGAAUUGCAGUAAUACGAUUCCAGUUGGCUAACUCGCUAACCUGGCCACCGCAUCUUGCCGUAACUACAGCUUCUGGGUCAUCAGCGAGGGCAGCGCCAAGUAGAGUACAUUCAAAAAGCAAGAUUUACAGUAAUCUAGGGAGGUUACCAUUUUAGUGCUUUUCCCCCUCAAGGUGGCAGUUGGGUGUGGAGCUUGCAUAACCCCCCCUCGCAGACCAUUUUAACGGAAUGUCUUCUUAGAGCUGAGAUUAUAUAAGUAUGAAAGAGUCGCCUUGCCAAAAGCAAAUAUUUAUUUAAUUUUAUGAAGCAAAUGUUUAUAAUGGCUUUUGUGCUGGAGUAGAAAGGAUGUUGUUGUCUAGCAAAACAAAAAGGUGCUAACCAAAGAAGAAGGGUGCUGCUAUUUACAACUCUUGUAGAUGCAAGUUUAUGUUAUUAGAUACUGAUUUCAGUUAAACAUUCAAUGAAUAUUCAUUUUUUCAGUAUUUUGUCUCACUCUUCCAAGUAUUUCAGGGCCAUUAUGCUCACAUCAGCUCAGAGAAGUCAGUUAGGCUGAGAAAGAGCCCCAUGUUCUCUUAAUCCACAACUCCUUAAAAUUUACACAAGGCAAAUUAAUACUUAGUUUGUAAAAUGGCUUUUUAUAGAGGUUUUCCUCUAUAUCUUUUGAUACGUGUUUUUUCUGGAAUAAUAUUGGAGACACACUUCAAACUACACUCAAAAACAUUUGUGUGUCUACUUCUCUGUCUACUCCCAGCAAGUGGAUGGGUAGGCAGUCUCUGAAAACUAAUCAUGGGAAGGGUUCCUCCAGCUUGCUUCCUGUCCAUUUGCUUCACAUUUCUAAGAUUUCUCAGAAAAUUCUUGGAGUCUUUCCAAGAGUUUUCUGAGGUCACUUCCAGAUGAAUCGUAUAUUGAGCAGGCGUUCAGAUUCGUUUUUGCAAAAUUGUGGAGGUUUAUACGCUGUUGUUGUUAUACUCUACUUUUCUUACCACAAAAAGUCUGGAUCAUGCUGGAAGUUGCUUUAUCUCAAUGAACACACCACUUAUCUUUGCUGUGGGCUAUGAAGGUGCACUCUUAUUCUGCAAAUGGCAUGUUUUGCCAUCUACCCAAUUGUGUGAAAGAUUCACGCCAAAGUUCAACAUUCUGGAAGCGCCCCUAGAGGGAACUGGAAAAGACGCUUGAGUCUUUGGCAGCUUUCUGCCAACCCCCAGCCCCCAAGUUCUCCAUAAUCAGUCUGCCUUCUCCCCCAAAAUCUGCUCAGUUUGCAGAGGUGGCGAGUGACUGCAGGAUCAUUUUUUAAGAAUGGAGUGUUUCCAGCAACAAUGAAGGAUUCUGAGCAUACUUAGAAACUUCUGUUACUGCCAGGAACCUUGGGAGUGGUGCUAUCCAUUCUUCCUGAUUGGGUGUACUAAACAAGGAUAAAUGAAAAUUUUGGUUUUCAGGGCCACAGCGGCAAUAGAUGGCUUAAGAGUGAAGCUUAAUGUUGCCGCAAGUCCCCCCUCAACACACACACACACACACACACACACACACACACAGACACCCCACAAGGUUAAUUUUAGGAAAGGGGCAGUCAGUGGAUUCAUCCUAUUGCAAACCAGACUGAAAUUUGCUGGGGGUCUGGGCUCAUCUCAAAAUGGGCUUUGUCAGUGGAGUAGAACCACUUGAGGUUUAUAACCCCCUGCUUUUGUGUCAGGCUCACCCCAGUAAAGUCUGCCUGGUGCCAUCAUUAACACUGCAUUUGUUCCAGGCAAAAAUUUAACACUUUUCUGAGACGUUUGAUGAAUUAAGAUGAUUUUUCUGCCCACUAAUGGUACAUUUUCAUUGCUGAAGUUUUUACUGCUGUUUCGUUGGGUUUUAUUUGGGUCACUCUAUGGCUUUUAAUAUAAUGCAAUGUUCUUCUCUUUUUAUUUUAUACUAUGGUGUAUUCUUUUUAUUUUUAAACAUUGCUUGGAGUCCCUUCAUGUGCCGGGUGACUGAUAAAUAAGAAUGGUGCUAUGUGAUCUCUGGGCUAACAUAUCUAUUAUGUCGUGUCGUCACUGCAGAUAUGUCUUCUCCUACAAUGAAGAAACCCGAAAAGCCUUUGUUUAGCACUACAUCUCCCCAGGAUUCUUCACCAAGACUGACCACUUUCCAGCAUCACCAUCCAGGGAUCCCGGGAGUUACACACAGUGGUGAGGAUGCAAGAGGGAUGGAAAAACUCUGAACCCCGAGCUAGUCUUUCCCCAGCCACAAUAACACCCCUUUUAUUGACUUAAUGCUCAAUUUAACAUUCAACACAAAGUUAUAUGAAGGAAGAGAUUCUGAGAAGUUCAGCGUGCUUUAGCUAGAAUAAAUCUCUUGAAACCAGAGGUGGGGGGUGGGGGACGGACUUUCACAAUCCCACCCCAUCCCAACAUAUCUAUAUUAUAUGUCACAGAAGUUUAUUCACUGCUAUAUGAUAUAGUUUCCUGGGAUGACAAAUAAUCUCAAAAUGGAUGUGAAUCUGUAAUUCUAUGUUACCUGUUAGAUAUUGUUCCUCCCGUGUUGAAAUUAAUUAUCAUAAUGAGAUUCUAGUGAUAAAGAGAUUUACAUGCAGAACUAGAGUAAAAUUAUUUCCUUGAAAAUAACUUCAGAAUAUGAAUGAAUGAAUGAAUAAACUUUAUUACAGUCACAGACCAGCAUAAGAGAAACAUAUGAGUAAAGUAGCAGUUAGGAUUUAAACAGGUAAUUGUUAAAGCAAAUAAGAACAAAGAAACAAGCAUAGGAUAAAACAUGUGAAUAGAGUACGAGAUUAAACACAAAUAUGAAUAAGAACUGAUAAUUAAAACAGAUAAGGACUAAAAGACACGCAGUUCAGAAUAAAAAUAAGGGAAUGCUUAGGUUAUGAAUCACAAAGGCUUAUAGUAUUGAUAACUUCCUGGAUUUAGUCUUGCCUUUUCCAAGGGUCUUUCCAUUAGUAAGCCGUAGAUUACAUUCCAUAGGUGCAAUAUUAAAUUAACAGCACAAUCUCUUGCAUAUUUUCUUGUAAAUAAGUAUCAUUUUGCCCACCCAUGUAAAUGUGUGUAGGAUUGCAGCCGAAGAGGUAGCAUGCAACUUGAACAGGUUUAUUUCAAAAGCUUAAAAAAGGGUGUUCUGAAAGGGUGAACUAUAAAUAGGAAAAUGAUUUCUCUCCAACACAGAUUUCCUCAGCUGAUAGCAAAAUAGUUCCUCUCUGUUUCCUUGCUACGGAUGUAAACUCAAAACAUGGAAGGAUUAUUAUUACUUUUUGCUUAAACAACUAUCCCUUAGUGUCGCAUAUUUAACUGCCGCCUUCUUUACUAAGAGAGAUCCCAGAAGGACCUAACAACCAUCUGAAUCUUCUCCUUUGGGCACAUAAUACCCUGAAUAACUGCACGGAGAAAAUAAUGAAUGGAAUCUAGAGGAAAGAGGUUGGGGAAAUUAGCAUAAGCAGAGGAGAGAAAAGGACACUUAUAGAGGAAAUGUGUAUUUGUGGAACAGCCAUAUGACCCAUCGAAAAAAAUAAGUGCCAAGGAAACAAAACUGCUCAAGGAAACACCAAACAAGAUCCUUCAGAAUGUCUUGCAGCACUUCACAUUUGUAUCUUUAAAAAAUAAAAUAAAUUGAAAGCAUCUCCUUGAAAUUGCUUCCAAGCUUUCUCCCUGUGUGCUACGAAACAAGCAUAAUUGAUAGUUUAAAAAAUCUUUAGUAUUUUAAAACUGAUUCUGCCACAUAACUUACAGCGUCUUAGGCUACGUACACAGCAAGGUGUCCCCUCUGACCCAUGUUUAAAGCCUCUUAUUUAUGCUGCUGUUCACACUACAAAGGGAGCAGGGUGCCAAUACACUGAAGCUGACAUCUGCACAUGCGUUGUCAUCAGCACAUGUGCCACAGCUUCCUGAAAUGCACACACCUCAGCCUAACUGCAGCUUCUGUUUUCCAAGUGGAUGGAAGCUUGUUUGAGGCACAGAAUAUUGACCAGGAGUUUUUUCCAGGAAAUACAUCUGCAUUGUGGCCAACAGCAUGUGCACUUGACUUCAAAGACCAGCGGUGGGAGGUGUGCUGGAGCCAGUGUAAGCAUUAAUGUGUACACAGCAUUAGUAUCAACUUUGUCUUUAGCUGAAAUGCUGAAGACGGAUUGUUGCACUUAGGAGAGCAUCAUCAUAAAGUUUUAAAGCAAAGCACUUAAUAUCUCAUUAGCUGCUGGAGUUUUGAUGCCGCGAUGCGCUUGGGAAAUCUAUAGAUACCAUGGACCACUUUCUCCCUUUUGUGUAUCAUUCCACAAGGGUAGUCUAGUCCAAUCCCCUUGCAAUGCAGGAAUCUUUUAUUCUCAUGCUUGACCAGCUGAGCUAUCCUUCACACAUUAUCCCCUUAUAGAAAUAGAAUGUGAUUAUUGUGUACAUGUAGUGACAUAAUUUCCAUGCCUGGUGCAACAACUCUGUAGUAACCAGAUAUUAUGUAUUACAGUGGUUUUAGACAUUACCUACACUCUUGAUAGAGAAAUGUGUAGGGUGCAGGAGAAUUCAAGAAAAAAAUUAUGUGUAAUAUACGAUACUAUACAUAAUUUUUUUCUUGAAUUCUCCUGCACCCUACACAUUUCUCUAUCAAGAGUGUAUGUAAUGUCUAAAACCACUGUAAUACAUAAUAUCUGGUUAGAUAAUAUCUCAUCAGAAGGUCAGCGGUUCGAAUCCCCGUGACAGGGUGAGCUCCCGUUGCUUGGUCCCUGCUCCUGCCAACCUAGCAGUUUGAAAGCACUUUGAAAUUGCAAGUAGAUAAAUAGGUACCGCUCCGGCGGGAAGGUAAAUGGCGUUUCCGUGUGCUGCUCUGGUUCGCCAGAAGCGGCUUAGUCAUGCUGGCCACAUGACCAGGAAGCUGUACGCUGGCUCCCUUGGCCAAUAAAGCGAGAUGAGCGCCACAACCCCAGAGUCGUCCACGACUGGACCUAAUAGUCAGGGGUCCCUUUACCUUUUUAAUAUACGAUACUAUUUUUGUUCAGUACAGUUAUUCCCAUUGGGCAAGGUAUUUUCCUCCACCCGAAGUUGAAUAUUCAUUAGUAUUUUCACAAUGGGCAAGUAAUUAUUCAUAGUGUCAUUGUUUAGUAAUCCUUCCCCUACCCUCAACAUACUGUAUUGGCCUGAAUAUAAGCCACACAUUUCCCCCCCAAAUUCUGAUUGUGAAAAGUUAAAGUGUGGCUUAUAUUCGCGACCUUAUGCCAGUGGCAAAAUGGCGCCCCCCCCCACGAAGCAGCCCAGGAGCACAGAGCAACAGUGCACAGGCCGCCCACCGCUCGAAGCCUCCCCUACAUCAGAUGAGAGAAGGGGGAAGGGGGGGGAGACCACUGGCAAAGCAACACGGCUCCCCCCCCCCCAGAAAGCAGCCUGGGAGCGUGGGGCAACGGUGCCCGUCCUGCCCGAGGCUCCCAAACCUCCCCCAAGCCACCAAACCUUGUGGGUGCAGCUUAUAUUUGGGUCAAUACGAUACAUUAGCAGGGGUGUAGCACAAAGCAUUGUGGAAUCAUUUGCUAACUCUUACAACUCUUUUGUUUCCGCCACGCAGAAAAUUAUUUUGGGCCAUACUUGAUAACUAAAAUACGUUUUCUGUAGGGCAAUAAUUUCUAUAUUUAAAGAAAAGUUUGAAUAAAGUAUGUGAAAUGUGAUUAUUUGGCCUUUUAUGCCUUUAGAAAACAGCAAUGGUAUAUUUAAUCAACAAAAUUUAUAGAACAUUUGAUUUUAAGAAAACAAAAUGUUGCAAUCAAAUGUUUUUGAGCAACAUGAGAACAACCCUUUUCUGCAGUGGCUCCUUAUUUGUGGACUGCUUGGCGCCUUCAUUACAUAGCUUUGGCACCAAAAACAUUCCUCUUCUCCCAGACCUUUGGCUAAUUAAGCAAUCUGCAGCCUUUUAAACUGUGUGAGUGGUUGUUAGUUACUGUGGUAUGUAUUUUUGUGUUUUUAUAUUGUAAACCACACCAUGAUCCUCAGAUGAAAGGGGGUAUAGAAAUUUAAUAAAGAAUGAUGAUGAUAGUGGUGGUGGUAAUGGUGAUUUUAAGAUGUUGCAGAUGAAACCUGUGAGGAAGGCAAGAAAAUGAAUCAUCAUUAUUAUUUGUCUGAUAUGGGUUUCUCUUGCCAUGUCAUGGGUGCAAAGUUUUACCGUAACGAAAGGUCCUUAACAAAUUCUGUUUUUCUUAUCUCUUCUAGUCAUCUCAACUAGAACUCCUCCUCCACCUUCACCAUUGCCAUUUCCACCACAAGCUAUUCUUCCUCCUGCGCCAUCUAGCUACUUCUCUCACCCAACAAUCCGGUAUCCUCCUCACCUGAAUCCUCAGGAUACUCUGAAGAAUUACUCUUAUGACCCGUCCAGUCCACAAACCAGCCAGGUACUGUAGCGCGCACACACACACAAAAAUAAAUCUGUGAGUAAUCUUAGGAGGAAUGUGUUCUAUGAAAGUUCUUUUUUAGAUCUGAUUGUUGCACCUGUGGUCUACAAGCUGAGUCUUGCAGCAUAAUUAGUUCAGCAUCCUUUUAAAAUUAACUAUGGAUGGAUAAAAGUGGAACGAUCACGUGUAGUCCUAUUCCAACCACUCUUGCUUUUGUGGAUCACAAAUUAUUAUGAUGAAUAGAGGAUAGUUCUACAUUUGUUUUUUUCCCCACCUCAGGAAUUCUGAACUCAUAAUUAUGCCAUGGUUUUAGUCUCGUGAAAUGAUAACUGUGGGGAAACGACAAGGGAAUCAUUUGUGUACCUCGUCCGUAGUUGACUAUGUGAGCUUUGGUUGUAUACAAGGUUUUCAAGCCUGUGGCUGGUAGAGGGUUCUUACUUUGUGUUUAAGUCGCAACCGUUUAUGGCAGUUAAUGUGGGUGAAACAUAGGGAUGAAGUGCUUGCUUCAGGGAGAAACAAGGAAUGUGCUAAUGUAAACCCCACUAGAGAGAGCAGGCAAUCCUAUUUAUAGACUAGCUAGUGUUAGAUAAAAUAUUCUUAAGUUGCAUGCAGCUUUGCAGUGAUUUGCAUGCAUUCGGCAAAGCUUUGAACUAGUGGUGGUGGGGAAGUUAAGUUAAUAAGCAUUGCACAAAAACAGAAGACUACAUUUCUAGUUGUUGUUGUUUUUAUAAAAAAGUUGCAAAUAAAUGUGCAGCAGUUCACAUGUGUUUCCAAAGCAGCAGUGAAGUCAUUUGUAAUGGACUUGUGUACAGCUGUGUGCAACAGCAUCAGAACAUGUCAUUUGCAAUCUAGUCAGACUGAAAUAUCUGCAGUGUGUGUUAUUACAAAGUUCAGUUUCUGGUUUCACUGUCUUUUCCUCAGUGCUCCUGUCAAGUCCCAUAGUUCACAUUGGGUGUAUUUUAGGUGAAUUGCAAGCAGAUAUUUUCCAUAACGGAUAGUAAAGCACAUGAAAAUGUAUUUUAAUUUCCUCUUUCCUUUAUAGUUUGAAAUUGUGUUAAUUCUGUUUUUAGCACUUCAGUUCGUAAGCCACUUUGCAGUUCCAAAAGAUGCGUACAAGAAAAGUUAGAGAGAUACAAUUAAUAAAACAAGAACCUAGAUACAGCAUUUAAUUCAAGACAGCAUAACAUAAGUACCGGCCGGGGGGAACCAAUAGCUUGACAGCCUGGCAGAAUAAAAAUAUUAUGGCCGCUCUCCUAAAGAUUACUGGAGUUGGAAGUGUUUCCCCAGGAAGAGGGCUUUGCCAAACUGCAGCUAGCACUCAGAACGCACUAGUAAAUUCUUAGAAGUAUCCUAAAAUACUAUCCUUGAGUUUCAGUUCUACUGUAGCAGGCAGAUUCACCAUCCCCUGUGCUUUUCAGCCUUCAGGAAUUACUAACGCUGUCUUGCCAGAAUUGAGCUUUAGUUUAUUCAUUCUCAUGCUAUCCAUUCUUGAAUUCAGACUGGUGCUCAAGAAUUUAACCAUUACACCUGGAUUGUCUGAAAAAGAAGCAGAAAUGAGUAUGAAUGUAUGAAUCAUAUUGAUGAUACCUUAUCCCAUAAGUUUAAUGUCGACGUUAUUCAGCUUACAGAUAAGAUGGAACUCUGUGCAACAGACCUGCCAAAGUUCAACAGCAAUACCCCAGCACCACUUUUGGCAAUAGACCUAGGAUAUAAUAGCAGAAAUGCCUAUUUACUGUUUUGAUUGUAAAUCUGUUACUUGCAGAUGUGAAAAGACAGAGCAUGUGAUUUGUAUGCUAUAGCAAUAGAAUUUGAGAAAGAAAGAAACUUUUCUGCAUUCAAUGAAAACCUGCUUCCUUUGGACAGUUCCAAAAGCCAUUGUAGCUAUUGGACUUCAAUGAUGGAACAUUCUCAUCCCAUCCCACACUAAAUGUACGCUCUUUACAUGCAAAUAAAAAGUAUUAAUAGCCUGCUCCUAAAUAUACUUGGAAUUAAGUCUCUCAAGUUCCUUUGGAAUUUACUUUCAAGUGUGUGGAUUGUGUUACAGCCCAAACAAUGCAGAGAGUUGUUUCCCUUAGAGUAUUAAUCCUAAUUCUAAAUGCUGAAUGUCAUAUUUUAGUUACAAAUUGAUGUCAGUGUCUGGAUUAAAUCUCCCGCAGUCUCAUUCAUAUACGCCCACCUAUUUUUUUGCUUACACUGAAACGGAAUUGGGACACGUAGAAACUGAUUUUAUUUUGUGUAAAGUUUCCAUGAAUAAUAAAUUCUAAUUAAGGCAUCCAUUAGAAAUCCUUAAUGUUAAUUCAGUGUGGAAAAUCUAAGAGUUCUAUUGUUGUUGUUUUCCAAACUGAUGUCUCAAUUAGACAUUAUUAAGCAAAAAUAUGCAAAUUAAAAUUGGUCUUUCAGUGUUGUAAAUUUUUCAACUAUUUAGUGAUUGCUUUACUUACAUUUCAGUUUUGUAGAUAAUCUUUUAAACCUAUCACAUAUUAGUAAAUUGAUAAUACUUAAGAUUUUCAAGAAAACUUUCAACUUUAUAAUUGAUUUCAUACCCUUUUGAUGUUCUGCUGACAGCAGCUGAUCCCUCUCUAAUACUGGGAAACAUAUAUAAUUAAGGGGAUAAUGCUCAAGCACCAUUGUGUCUUGAGAGGAAGCAUCUCAAAUUAAAAUAAUGAUUUACUAAUAAGUUAAAAUAGAAUUUACUUUGGAGAGCGGCAGCUUUCUUCCUGUAUAAUAUCAAGAUCCCCUGCUUUCAAGUUUUUCAAAAAGUUUUCAUUAUAAAGACACAUUAGAAUAAGAUGGCAAGGGCAAAACUAGCCAUUGUGAAUGUCAAGCAAACUGGCCCAUUGCUACUUUAUUGGAAUGUUAGUAUCUUUUCUCUAUUACAAUUUUUUGUUCAAUAACUGCUUGGUUCUUGCUCAUUGGUUUCAUGGAGGAUUCCCUGGUCCUGAAUGGGUUAACUGUGCCCCUGAAGGACCAGGUGUGCAGCCUGGGAGUCAUUUUGGACUCACAGCUGUCCAUGGAGGCACAGGUUAAAUCUGUGUCCAGGGCAGCUGUGUACCAGCUCCAUCUGGUACGCAGGCUUGGGGCAGCAACAGAGCGUGUCUUCAUGGCUCCCAAGGUGGGCACGUGCAGGCCAGGUAUGCCAGCCCAGUCCUCGCCACAACACCAACCCGUUCCGCUUUGCAAGGCUGGCAUCAAAGGGCACAUAGCUGUUGCGUCCUCCUCAUGCCGCUCUGCCAGCGCCCCCCAGAUAAAUGGCCCCGGGGCCAUCACCCAGGCAGCUCCCAUCACACACUACGCCCCAGAUUUUGGUAACGGUUGCUUGAAAACUACAGCUCAGUGGUAGCACGUGCCCACUAACCAGUUGGGUAAGCAUAAAAGGGAAAGAAAUCUAUCCCAUUUUAAUACCAUUGUCCUCUUGAAAACAUGAGCCAAAUUCAUUGGCAAGUGUUGGGCUGGACAUUCUGUCCAUCGACGAACUGAGUGUCUGUUCAUGAAAAAGAAAUUCCAUGAGCAGAAGCUCCUUCUGCUUAUGCAAUUGAGUGUUUGGAUCCAACGAGACAGUUUUUACACAGAGAAAAGGCACACUUACUCUAGUAAAUCUCAGACUGUUGAUGAACUGUUACCUUUGAUAUUUUUCUGAAUUUUUAUAAGUUUGGAGGCUGGAUGAAUAGAGAUCGGUAUUUUAAACAUUGGGAAGGACAGACUUCAGGCUUGUGAGAUUUGUUUUGUGUUUUACUUAUUCCCUGAGAUUUACCCACAAAAGAAAUAUACUUAGAAUUUUCUUUUUUCAGUGGUGCCUCUGAGCAGCUGCUGAUCUUAGAAGAUCAGAGUUGAGUUGCGCAAACAGUACUUUCACACAGAAAUCCAUUACUGGUUACUCCCAAAUUUUCUUAAUUUCAGCGUUCUGAUUUACGUUAAGCGAGUCACUUGUCAUUGCAGUAGUUAAACUGGGCAACAGAAAUUACUGUUGAUCUACCAGUAGAUUCCAAUCUGCUUUCUGCCCACCCUUAUAUUAAACAGCUUUGUUUUUUAAUUAUAUUUCUGAGUGCAUUGGAGUUAUAUUCUGCAAGAUUGGCAUCAGCAUGUAAAGUCCUUCGGCACACAAUGAUGCUAGGAGUUCGUUCUGUAGGCUGUAGAAUUGAAAUAAUUCUUUUUUCUUUGUUCAAUAAGAAAAGAAAAACCACAUAGGACGUUUCAGUAACCAAAGGGAAUUGUUCUAUGCAAUUGUAUGCUUUCAGCCACACGACUACACUUCAUUACAUGUAACAUACAGAUUUUUCUUUAAAUAAAUUUGGUUAUCAUAGCUUAUAAAAACUGCAUCUGUACAAAUGUAAUUUCAAAUUCAGUUAUACUUUUCCCACUUCAAAGCAUAUUCAUUCACUUGGUUUUCAGGGAUAUAUUGUGAUAAUAGUACUAUUUUUCAGGUAACAAAGAACCUAGCAGUAUUUACCUAAAAUUGAACUUUCCCUCCUCAACAUUUUUUGGUAUCACUCUAAUUUAGGUUAAGAUGACCAUUCAAGGUGCAUCACGCUGCCCACAGGAAUUUUGAAACUAAUUGCUUUACCACUGCACUGAUUAUACAGUGGUACUUUGGUUCUUGAACUUAAUCUGUUCCGGCAGUCCGUUCGACUCCCGAAACCAUUCGAAAACCAAACCAAGGCACAGCUUCCGAUUGGCUGCAGGAGCUUCCGAAAAAUGUUCAGCUUCUGAAAAACGUUCACAAACCGGAACACUUACUUUCGGGUUUGGAAGCCAAGCCGUUCAAGUACCAAGGUACCACUGUUGUGAGACAAUCACAGUAUUCAGUUGGAUAUUUUAAGUGAAAUCAGUUUAAAGAUGCAGAACCAGAUGGGGGACUGAGGCCAAGAGAAUGACAGAGAGAGUGGUACUAGGAGCUGGUAGCAACUUCCUUACGUAAGAGGUGCUUUUUGAAUUUAGUGAAAUUAUUUUAUUACAUGUUAUUAUGUUGUAAGUUUUAAGACAGCAGCUUUGUGUCAAUUCCCACGUAGCAAAGUGGACGACCCCAGUAAACUUUAUAUGAAUUUUUUAAGGUUACAAUCAUGAUAUAAGAAUCAAAGCUUGUUAACAGAGUUAAAGAGCUGUGUAUUAAAUAUUCUGAAUGUCUUGAAGCACUGGAAUUCUUAGAUAUUGUAAGCAGUAAUUAGUGUAUUCAAGCAGUAUAGAAGUUUCAGAUCCUAUUUGUUUGAAAGCAGCAGCUGUUGUGAAAUGGGUGACCAAAUACUGCCUUUCCCAAAUCAGUAGUGGGCUAUAAAAGUGGAUCGGUUCAGCCAUUUAGAGGGUUAAUUUUCUUAGUGUGCCUGGAAAGGGCCAGGUUCCAUAUGAGCCAUUCAAUUUCUGUUCACUAUAAUCAUUUGGGAACAGUAAAAGGUGAUACAUUGUUUCAGAUAGUGUGGGCCUCCAGCUGUGUCUAUUUAAUUAAUUUGAGCUUGCUUUUUGGUAACAGAAUGCUUAAGAGGAAGCAGUUGAUUCUGUCAAUGUUAACCCAUGUGUUCCUUGAAACAUUCUUUGCUUUUUAUAUUUUUUAAAAAAAUAUGUUUUGCAAAGGAAAUCCUAGUGGAUGUUUUGGAGUUACAAAACGUUCUGUGAAUACACAGAACACAUAGCAAUGCUGCAAUUAGAAAAAGACUUCUAUCACAGUUAUCAAACUUUUCCAGAGCACAGGUACCAUAAAUGUGUAUGUAUAAUGUAUAAAUGUAUAUACACAGUUGUGAAGGUAAAGAAAACGAGGUACUCACAGCCAUUCCAGCUAACGGCACAAGCAAUCCCCCCAUUUAAAACUGUAACUUCCUUGAAUUAUUGCUCAUUAAUAUUUUUAUCAAUAGCACAAUUUAGAGGCACAAUCCUUGGUACAAGAGGCGGUGGAACAGUCUGUUCUCAGCAGGGUUUCACUCCCUUUGAAGAAAAAAGUCCACAGUCUUGGAAGAAUCAUCUUGGGUUCUGGAGGCUCAAGCAGUAAGACUGGGCAAUACCAGCUUUUCAACAUCAUGAUGUAUCACCAGACAAACAUUGUGAUAUAGUGAUACAUCACAAUGUUGAAAAGUGGAGGGAGGAACAAACUUUCUUCUUUGGCGAUCACUCGUAGCCAAGUAAGAUUGCCUUCCAUGAACAUGGUCUUAACAGUGAGUCCGUAAGUGACUGUGGAGGCAAAUUCUGGAUCCACACAUCCUUCCACAGUGGGGACAUUGGUUUCUGGGCGGGAGUUGAUCAUGGUGAGGGUUUGCCAAAUGUGCCUUCCUCUUAGCAUGUUUCUCCUUUUCAUCCUGAGUUCGAGCGUCUUCAAAGCCCAUGACACCUUUGGUAAAGGCUGUUCUCCAAUUGGAGUGCUUGCAGGCCAGUGUUUCCCAAUUGUCAGUGUUUAUACUACUUUUUUAUAGAUUUGCCUUGAGAGAGUCUUUAAACCUCUUUUGUUGACCACCAGCAUUACGCUUUCAGAAUAGAGUGGUUGCUUUGGAAGAUGAUAACCAGGCAUCCGCACAACAUGACCAGUCCAACAAAGUUGAUGUUGAAGAAUCAUUGCUUUGACACUGGUGAUCUUUGCUUCUUCCAGUACACUGGCAUUAGUUUGCCUGUCUUCCCAAGUGAUGUGAAAUUUUUUCCGGAGACACCGUUGAUGGAAUUUUUCGAGGAGUUGGAGAUAGCGUUUAUAAGUGGUCCAUGUUUCACAAUAAUACAGUAAGGGUUGGUAGCAUAAUGGCUUUGUAAACAAGCAUUUUGCUUUUCCUGCAUAUGUCCUGGUCCCCAAGCACUCUGCACUUCAAUCGGGAGAAAGCUGCACUAGGAGAACUCAGGGCAUGCUGCAUUUCAGCAUCAAUGUUGGCCCUUGUGCAAAGAUAACUGCCCAGCUUGGAGAAGUGAUCAACACUUUCCAGUGUUACACCAUUGACCUGGAUUUGUGGCAUUGCAGAAGGGUUAUUUUGCACUUGUUGGUGCAGCACUUUGGUUUUUUGGAAGUUGAGCGAUAUGCCAAACUUUUUGUAAGCUUUGCAAAGUGUAGUACCAUGGCAAUGAAAAUAAUAGAACUGGGGUGAUAACACAACCCUGUUUAACACCUGAUCCCACUGUGAUAGUUCACUUUGAAAGCCAUUGUUAUCUGCGACUGUUGCUGUCAUAUUAUAAUGGAGGAGCCAAAGAAUGUUUACAAAUUUAUCUGGGCAGCCAAUAUUCAAAAGGACAGUCCACAGGGCAUUAUGAUUUAGUGUGUCGAAGGCCUUAGUAAGGUCAAUAAGCACCAUAUACAGGGCAUAGCUGUCAAUGUUCCCUUUUUAAAAAGGAAAUUCCCUUAUUCCAAAUAGGAUUCCUUGCAAGAAAAGGAAAAAGUUGACCGCUAUUAUACAGGGUUUGGUUUUGCUUUCUGCAUUUUUCUUGAAGCUGUCAAGCAGUGAAAAUCAUAUCCACUGUCCCCCUAGAACAGCCUUUCUCAAGCUUGGGUCCCCAGAUGUUGUUGAACUAGAACUCCCAUCAUCCCUAGCUAGCAAGGCAAGCGCUCAGGGGUGAUGGGAGUUGUAGUCCAACAACAUCUGGGGAACCAAGGUUGAGAAACACUGCCCUAGAAGAUAAAAAACCAUUUGGGGAUUCAGGAAGAGUAGCCUUGGAUAUUGUUAGGAGAUGGUUUGCUAAGGUCCUUCCAAGAAUUUUGCUGGCUGCAGCUAAUAAAAAGAUGCCUCAGUUAUUUCCAUAAUCCAUUCUAUCACCUUUUUUUUAAAAAAAAGAGAUUGAUAAUUUCGGCAUCCCUAAAGUCUGCUGGGAUCUCCUCUCUCUCCCAGAUUUUUUUGGUCAGCUUGUGAAGUUGUUGUGUAAGUUCAAUUCUGCCCACUUUGAAGACUUCGGCAGGUAUCGCUGGCUUUGUUGUUUUUCAUUUGAUUAAUAGCUGUACACAACUCUCCCAGAUUUGGCGAUACUGCAAGCUCCUCUCUAAUUUGUUUUUGCAGAAUUUGUGAGAGGACCUCAGCAGCUACAGGGGAGUUACAGUGGUUAAGGAGAUGCUGGUAAUUUUCUCUCCAGUGUGGUGCAAUAGCUUCUUUAUCUUCUAAGUGUGGUACCAUCUGUUGAGCAUAGGGGGCAUAUGUCGUGAUUUACUGGCCCAUAGAUGGGGUUUUUGGCUUUAAAGAAACUCUGUGCAUAAUGAUUGUUGGCUAAGUGCUGGAUCUCUUGAGCUUUUUUAUCCUCCAGGUGUUCUUUAGUUUUCUGGUUCUUCUUUGAACCUCAGUCUUAGCAUUGGUAUAGGGGUUUUUUCUUAGUGGUGCAGUUUCUAUCUCUUUGCCAGAUCUGAAAGGCCUUCCUUUUCUUGUCAAUAAUGUGUUCGAUCUCACUGUCAUUCUCAUCAAACCAUUCCUGGUGUUUCUAGGUUUGGUAUCCAAUAGUUUGUUCAGAGGCUGCAAUAAUGGAUGUUUUUAGCUUGGUCCAGUGUUCCUUGAUGUUAUCAGGGCACUCCAAAAGCAUAUGGUCCUUAAGAGUCAUUUGGAAGCAAUCCCACUUAAUGGGAUCUUGAAGGGCUUGAGUGUUCAUUUUGCACCUUGGUUUCCUUCCUUGAAGCCUGCGUUGAGGUAUAAUCUUAAUAGCCAUUAUGGAACAUAUUAAUCAGUGAUCUGUUCGGCACUCGCCAUAGCUCCAGUAAGGAGCACAUUACGGCAGUCUUAAGGUCGGACAAUUACAUAUUCUAAGAGGUGCCAGUGGUUCAACAAAGGGUGCCUCCAUGAUGUUUUUAAUUUAAUGUUGUCAAAAGAGUGUGUUGGUAAUAACAAGGUUGUGCGCUGCACAUAUAGUCAAAAGUAAGAUUCUGUUCUGGUUGCUGUUGUCAAUUCCUUCUUUCCCAAUAGUCCCAGACCACGGAUCAAAAUCUCGCCCAACUCUUGCAUUAAAAUCACCCAGAGACCGGUAGAUUCAUAUCUGCUGUGGCCUUCAUCCGCCUUCACAGCUGUUAUAACAUACCUCUUGUUAUCUUCUGCCUGUUCUGCCGUUGAGGACUUCUUGGAUCAUUCUUUGUCUAGCUCCUUCCCUUUGACCUUACCGCCUUGGGUGACCCUGCUGGGAGUACGAGACUCACAAGGGUCAUAGGAAUGUGCAAGCCCACUCACCAUGACAAGGUGAUGAUCCAGCAAGUGAGACUAACCCAAUUAAUAGAAGAUGUGCCUGCCUUACACACUUCAGUAAUGCUAUUUUCAUCACUGUUUUGCUUGCUGUAGCUUUGCAAUGUUGCUCUGAAAAUAUCCCAUGUUGCUGUUUUAUUCAGUAACAGAUACUGUAAAUUUAAAAACUACGUAUACCCAAGAUUUCAUUCUAAUAAUAUUCAGUUGCAACGAGGCAUGGGGCUUCCAUACCAUAGCACCUCUCACUGUUCAAUUUUCUGUGUCUCAUCAUAACCUCUGCAGUCAAUACACAACCUGUUUGUGUUGCUGUUUUGACGCUAAGUUCAUAAAUCAAACAUGUGCAGACGGGUGGCUUGGUGGCUGCUCACCAACUUUGGGAUAAAUUUAUUCCCAAGGGACACCAGUUCCUGAUGCUUUUUCCAAGAUACAAGUGAUUUUUUAUUUAUUUUAAACUUGAGAUGAGCACUUCGCAUCUGUGAAUAUGGAUUGGUUAGUUUUUGCUGUACUUUUCAGCCCCCACUGUCAUUAAUACUUUUCACUAAAGUCACUUCCUUUUACCAUUGUGUUUCUGUUACAGUCAUACCUCAGGUUACAGACGCUUCAGGUUGCGUUUUUUCAGGUUACGGACCACCGAAACCUGGAAGUACUGGAACGGGUUACUUCCAGGUUUCGGCGGUCACACAUGCACAGAAGCGCUAAAUCGCGCUUUACGCAUGCACAGAAGCACCGAAUCGCAACCCGCGCAGAUCAUGUUCGCAACCCGAGCGUCCGCUGUAUAUUUGUAAGAAUAUACUAAUAUGCUUUCAUUUUCUGGAACUUUCACCGAGAAAACGCUGUGAGUAUCUAGAUUUAGAUUGCCCCAAACAUUUGGGAACAGCUAAUUAAAGCCUUAGAAAUCACCCAAAUAGUUACACUGUGGUACCUUGGAAGUCAAACGGAAUCUGUUUGGAAAACAUUUGGAAACCAAAGCGCGGCUUCAGAUUGGCUACAGGAAGCUCUCCUGCAGCCAACUGGAAGCCACAGAAGUCCCGUCGCACAUUCGGCUUCCAAAAAUAGUUCGCAAACCGGAACAGUCACUUCUGGGUUUACGGCAUUCAGGAGUCAAAACGUUUGAGAACUAAGCUGUUCGAAAACCAAGGUAUGACUAUAUUAACUAAUCCAUUAAAUUAAGGAAAAGGCCAUAGCUCGGUGGGAGAGCCAUCUGUGUUUCAUGCAGAAGUCACCUCUAGGAAUAUCUUAUGCCUGAAAUCCUGGACAGCUGCUGCUUUCCAGAUCGAUCAGUGGUCCAACACAGUAUAAGGCAUUUUCUAAUUUAAGGGUAUGGCAAGUGUGACACCUUGCCCCUGCAAUUGAGAGGGCUGUGGCCAUGUGAUGUCAGCAUGCCCCACGACAUGCUUGUGCCAUGCACAUAUGACGUGAGAACACCCCACAGUGUACGUGUAUGUCUGCCGGGGAAUUUUGAGGGGGUUUGGCACCCUCCUUGAUAAUUUUGGGGGGCCCUCAGCCCCCCCAGGCCUCCCUAGAUGGUGGGCCUGGGGUAUGGUGUAUUUGUCUCAGCAAAUUUAGCAAGAAAAUAUUAGUAUGCAUUGUAACUUCUUCUUCUUCUUCUUCUUCUUCUUCUUCUUCUUCUUCUUCUUCUUCUUCAAGUAAUUUGGAUUCGUUUUUGUUUUCCAAGUUCUUUGUUGGGGGAAAAUGUUUAGAUGGCAACCCAUAGCAAAUAAAGAGAAACUGGAUGUUUAUAACCAACAGCAUGAACUGUGGGGCUACUCCUAUCGUAGAGAAAGCUUAAAUGUGACUUGCAAAUAGUCUGUUGUUGUGUCCAAGAAAAAGAAGACAGCUGAACUGUGUGCAUGAAAUUCUGUGUAUGUGCGCACUCACAUAUGUGUGCAUGUGUUUAUUUAUAAAUGAACUCUCUUCCAGCUGGUAGCAGAAAUGGGCUUAGGUUUUCUGUAGUGACUUCUUCCCAUCUGGAUUAUGUUUGCUCGUAUCUGGUUCCUGUGUCAUGUCCAGUCAUUAUAUACAGUUCUUGAUCUAGCCACUUUUCGGCUUCCUGAACGCAACUUGAUUAGUUAGUGCAUUUUCCAGUGAGCUAUCUAGGUUUUAGGCAUUUUACAAUUAUAUUUCAGUAACCUUUUGAUGCAAAUAGCUGAAGCAAUCAGUUAUGAAAUUGGUCUGAUUACCAGAGAAGUGAAAAGAAGUUGGAGGGCAGAGGAAGCAGUGUGUUCAUUUUAUAUCUGAAUUGUUUCGGCUGUUUGCUACAUAGCAAAAUAAGCAUGCGGAUUUCCACCUUCCAACCACUCUCUAGUUAUCAGACCAAUUUUAGUUUUAGACCUGUUUCCUUCUCCACUUAAUGAAUUUAUGUUUAGUUAAUCUAGAGGUCACUUCUAGACAACCUGUGUAUUGAGCAUUCAUCCUGAUUUGUUUGCAGGGAGAUCAGAUGAAAGUUGUCUCUUUAAUGAGCAGUCAUUCUGUUAUGUUUUCAGACAAGUUAGAUUAUGUUGUGUUAAGGCAAAUGUUAUCCCACAGUUUCGAGUGCAUUUUCCUGCCACUUCCCUUAUUGCAAACAGUUAAUUUUUUUUUUUUGGGGGGGGGAGUAGAUUUAUUGUGCAAGGCCUCCCAAUCAACCCAAAUUGCACAAUCUGGAUUUGCCAACGUUUGACUGAAUCCUACCCCAAAAUAGUGGGAGUCUGGAAGCACCUCUAGAAUUGUACUAUUGUCGUUGCAUAUCUAAACAUAGGUAAUAUUUGAUACUUACUCAGGAUCACUUGCCGUGAUCUGAAUAAAAAUUGUGCAAGGAAUUAUUAAACUCACAAUCUGCACUGUUUAAUUUCAAAUACAUUGUUAGAGGCGUUUUGGGGGAAUGUCUAAGAUACAUAUUGAGGGAAUUCUUUGUGAUGCCCACCAGCCCAUGCUAGAUAAACAAACAAACAAACAAAUAAAUAAAUAACUAAAUAUGUGUGGCCUCCUUAAACCCUUUAGAAUUAUCCAGGCAUGAAGUAUAACAGGGGGAAAUAUUUGUUUAUUUCGAUUCAUAUACUGCUCUUCAGCAUAAGAUUUCAGGGCAGAAUAAAAUACAGGAUACAAACAAGUACAUAAGUAAAGCAAAACAGGGGGAGGGGACUCUCCCUCCCUUCCCACAGACACAUUUAAAAGGCUGAAGAAUAUUAAUCAGCCAAAGGUCUGGUUAAAGAGGAAUAUUUCUACCUGUCACCCAAAAAUAUAUAAUGAAGGGACCAAGCGAACAUCCCUGGGAGAGCAUUCCACAAAUGGGGAGCCAUGAUAGAGAAGGCCCUGUUCUUGUGUUGCCACCCUCUGGAUCUCAGUUUGUACUGUAUUUUAAAAUAAUAAUAAUAAUAAUAAUAAUAAUAAUACUAAUAUAACAUCAGUAGCACUUCAGUCAGAUAGAAUAAUGGCCUUCACUAGUGAGUUUCUUAUGAGGUAAAUAGGCUCUUGCAAAUAUUGCCUUCAUGAGGAUCACAAAUCCCUAAAUAUUCUUUCCUUUGCAGAGAUAAGAAUAAGAAUAAGAAUAAUUACUAUUACUUAUACCCCAACAGAAUUUAAAGCACAAUCAAACAUUAAAAACUUCCCUAAACAGGACUGCCUUCAGAUGUCUUCUAAAAGUCAGAUAGUUGUUUAUUUCCUUGACAUCUGACGGGAGGGCGUUCCACAGGGCGGGCGCCACCACCGAGAAGGCCCUUCUGCCUGGUUCCCUGUAACCUAGCUUUUCUCAGGGAGGGAACCACCAGGAGGCCCUCGGCGCUGGAUAUAGCUACCAAAGUGACACACGACAGCAUUGGGGUUCUGGAAAACCCUAAAGUAGAUCGCUCUCUUGAGCAUUACAUGUAUAUUUCACAAGGCGUUCUUCUGGUUUUGUUUUGUAGCCUAACAGCAGUGGUCAAGUAGUAGGGAAAAUGCCUGGCCAUUUUACUCCAGUUUUGGCACCCUCUCCCCAUCACAGUACGGUGCGGCCUGUGACCCUGACCAUGACAGACACUAAACCCAUCAUUACAUCCACUGAAGGUGAGGCAUCUUCACCUACAGCAACCAGUAAGUAUUUUUCUAGGAAACAAACGCUGUCCAUCAAAAAUAAAUCAAUCAAAACCAUUUCAAGUUAAGGCCAAUAUAGGUGCCUUUUCCUGCUAUUUGACCAGGCAGAUGCUCAAAGUCUGAUAAUAAAGGACAUUGACAAGACAUUUACUCUGUACAGUUAUAAUAACUCAAGUUACUGUAUGACAUUUGUGACACGGCAAUCACAAUCUCAGGGCAGGAAAUCAAAUUAAUCCGAGCACCAAUUGCCAGGAGAGAAUGAAAGCUUGAUUAUUAAUUUAAAGAUGGACAUUCUCGUGACAUUGAGAAGCAUACUCAGAUUGGAAGCUUUUUAAAUUUGCCAACACCUGGAAUCCAAAAAGGGAGUGAGACAGACAGGAAAGAAAGAGAUUCAUCUGAUUCCUCCCAAGUGAGCUUUCAUCCAAAACAUACUUAAUCAGACACAUGAUCCUCAAUUAACCUAAGCAUUUUAAUUCAUUAGAGCUGAUACUGAAAAAUCUAUGUGGGUUAACUAUAUUUAACGAGAGUUUGAAAGUUUUGCAUUUGCUAAUUCACUAUGUUGAGUACCGUGGGUUGUAUCCAGCUACACAACUGCACACACGGAACAAUUUUCACAUGUGCAGUGGGACUUCCCCUCCUCAUGCAGCCCCCCUCCAGUUGCUCUGGGGGUUCUCCCAAACCUCUAGAGCAGAUGUUGGAGGGUGUGCGCGAAAGUGAGGUGAGUAGAAGUUCCACACGUGUAAUGAUUUAGUUGAAUACAAGCCCAUAUAAUUACCCUAUAGCCUUCAAUGGAAUUGCAGACAUAGACAUGCAGGGCCUAUCAACUGUUAGAGCCACUUCUCAGGAAUACAGCAGCCACAAGGAGAGGCCUGGGAACUUCUAUAUGCCAUGGUAGCCACCCAGUUGCUGCAAUUAAGUGGUCGCCAGUUAGGUUGUCCCCGUUGAAUGAAAUGCUCCUGGCACCAGUGUCCGCCAGGAAUGUGUGGUUAGUGGCAUGAGAAUUUUGCACACAGGCCAAGCCAUGCAUUAUUUACUUACAUUAUGGAUGUCACAUGAAGUCCUCACUACCUCAAAGUGCAUCUUGGCAGUUUCCAUGUUACUGUUCUAACACAUCAUGGUUCGACAUUAACCUCCAUGUUAGUCUGAAAUUCAACAUUGCAACUGUAAUAAAAACACCACACAGACAGACACACACAUACAUACCCUUUCACUAACUGAAAAUUAUUGUUGCAAUCAUGUAAUGACAAGUGACUUCUUUACCUAGAUACUGGUUUCAAAUUAAAAUUUCUUAAAUGUUAAUAUCCCACGUAUAGUUAAACACGUAUGGUUCCAUCUACAUACGAUGUGAGGACAGUAGCAAAAUUUCAAUUAGCUUAGACUGCUGCCCUUUUGUAUAAUGUCCAUUUCAUCUGACCACAUCAAGAUAGCAGAGUAUAAAAUAAUGGAGUCUAUAAUCCUGUAUACAUGAGACCCCCCAGGUAUAGGGAGGUAUAUAAAUUCGAUAAAAAAUAAAAUGUACCUGGUAUUAAAUCCCAUUGAACUCAGCAGGGCUUUUGAGUGGACUUUCAUUGGAUUGCACUGUUAGCAGAAGCAGAAGUCAUUACCUACUAAUUAAUGAAUUACCGUAUUUUUUCGUGUAUAAGACUAGGUUUUUUUACCCAAAAAUUAGGGUUAAAAUUGGGGCUCGCCUUAUACCCGGGUAGUGCUAAGGGGAAUUUUCUUAAUUUGGACUCCCCAAAAAUAGUCUUAUACAUGGGAGCAUCUUAUACACAGAAAAAUACGGCAAUUAAUAGUGUUGUAAUCUCUUCUGAUUUCUUAAGUGUGCACAAUUCUUGAACAGUAAAGAAGUUUUUAAUGAUCUAUUCUUAUUCUUCCCUUAAGAAUGGAAUGAAACUAGAGCUUCAGAUUUGACUCUGAGCAUUAGUUGUUUCAUCAUAUCUCAUGUGCCUUCCAAGCAAUAUGGCACUAGUUAAGCAGUCACGAAAUAUUAAAAGCUUAAAUAGUGUUUAAGGACGCAAGGGAACCCAUCACAUACACACCGCAGGUGCAUUUCUUUGAGGAUCCUACUUUAGGUCUUUGAGAAGGGAUAUGAUUAACACAUGGUGAACAUUGUGUUAGCAACAUUCCCUUUGUGCAUAAAGAGCAAAGGUAUGCACAAAUGGAUUUCAUUUGUGCAUGAAAAUUGCAUUUAUUUCAACAUUAAAUAUUAAAGGCAUUUUACAUAUCUAAAAUGUAUUACAUGCAGUGAAUAGAUGGUUCUUUAAUCUUAACAUUUCACCAGGAAAAAAAAUGUAAAAGAUUUGAUCACUUCUAUUUAAGCCUUGUUAAAAACUACAUAGAAUAAUACGCACCAUGGAGGAAUUUCUUCUAUGUAUCUGGGACUGGCUGAUCUAUAAUACUUUCCAAAGAGAUGCUUUCAAUUUUAUUUCAAAUGAAUUAGAAUUGGUCAAAAGAUAAAAGUGUCACCAAAAUGUGACAUUAAGAUAAUUCACAGUGCUGUUACCUAUUCCUAGUUAUAUAUCUUUAUCCUAAUCAGUGUGUACCAAAGCUGAUUUAAAUGGCUUUACACAGCAUUUCACAAGUAAAAACUACUUUUGCUGAAAUUAUAUGGAAUAACACGUGUUCCUCCUUCAUAGAAAUAUCACUUUACAUGUAAACAUGUAAUCCAUUUUUAUGGUGGUUAUUCAGUAAAAUGUUCUUUUAAAAGGAAAUAAAUAAGACGCCAUUUGUUUGUUUGUUUUAAAUAGAAAUAUAAUACCAUUUAAAUCGAUCCUUUAGUGCUUAUCUAUUUGUUCUUUAUGCCAUUGGCAGCAGGAAGUUAAGAUCACCUUACUAUGAAAUUGAUUCAGGUAAUGUAGAUAUUUUCAAACUAGGAGUCAGAGUAAAACAACCCACUUCUUUUGACACAAUCAGAAGUUAAUGACUUUCAGUCAACACACAACUAUUUUCAAUUCAAAAGGUAACCUACAGGGGAAAGGUGAAGCAUUCCAUUAACCACACACAUGGGGAAAAAAUGUUUUAGGAGCUUCUACAUUAUAGGUCAGUUUUCUAGAACUUACACUAAAUACAUUUGCUCCACAGUUUUCCAGUGUACAAAGCGCGAACAUUUUAAAUACAGUAUUCGUAUAAUAAGUAGAUGCUGCUUAUAUUAACUUCCAGAAGAGGGAUUCCUAUAUCUCCCUUUGGAAAAGGGGGGGACACCUUUUAUGCCUCAUUUAAAAAAAUAGCCUUAGCCAGGGCUUUUAAUCAGCUGGAACUCAGUGGAACUCAGUUCCGGCACCUCUCAGGUGGGAGCUAUUGCCAUUCUAAGAGAACAAGGGAGACAUUCCCUCUUUUUCUAGGAAAAAUAGCAUUGGCCUUAGCUCGGUUAUGUUCUAAAUCUGAGUGGUACUACAAAUAAACCUCAUUCUACUGUAGCAAAUUGUUAGUCUCUGAAUUUUGUUGUUUAUGUGACUGCAUUGAAUGAGCAUCUGGCUGCACAUCUCUUAAAGUGAGCUGGUAAAAAAACACAAAACAAACUUGUAUCAUGUAGAGAAAUUGUCACUGGCAAGGAAGGUGGCCCUGCCUUCAUUCAGAUUCCAUUGAAGUCCAUAGGUGUUAUAAAACUCUAUCCCUUAGUCAAAUUCGUUCUUCGUAACUCCGAAUUUCUCGUGUUUAAAUUAUACAGGGUAGAAAUGGAUAGGUGUCUAUCUUCAUCAAUCUGUUUUGUUCUUCCUUAAUCAGCCUACACAGCCUCAGGCACAUCCCAAGCCAAUCGAUAUGUGGGACUAAGUCCAAGAGACCCUUCUUUUCUACACCAACAACAGGUGGGCAAGUUUCACAUAGGUAUAAACAGUAAAAAGAUGAGUAUUUGCAGUAAGUCCCUGCAUCCAUGUCGCCAUUGACCUUAAAACUAGAACAGGAUGAGUACCCUUAAACAAAACCUAUUUGUAUUGCAAUAUUUGGAUAACUACAAGAUGCUUCCGUAGGGUUCUGUAAAGGCUUUUCCACGGUGAAUCUUUCAGUUACGUUAUUUCUAAACUCCUGGAAGUUGAAUAUAUAUGAAUGCCUCCGUGAAAAAGCAGUACUACUAGUCAGAAUUAAGCAGGAUUAAGCAAUACAAUAGUUGAUUCUCCAGCUAUCUGAUAUCGUUUGAUAUUUGAACGUAUACAUUUAUAGUUUCGAAAGAAUAACAAUACAAUAAAAUUCAAUUGCAGAACAUCAUCAUUCCUAGAUUAAUACAUUCGGAGUGUAUUGUUGAUUUUACUGUGACGCAAGCUCCUUUUUGUUCCAAUUUCUUUUACAUCAUUUACAUUUCAAGUAGCAUUUUAGAUUUCACACCUCAUUGAUGCUGUAAAUUUAAUGAAAAUAAAUUGUUCAUCCAAAAUGACAGCUGAGAUUAAUAGUGGCUAAUAAAACAACCCAGCCCACCAUCAAUUAAUAGUAGGGGCAUGCAAUACUGCCAUACUGCUAGUUAGGCAUAGAAGAAAACUAAAUUCUGAAGCGUCAGAAUUAAAAUGUGCUUCAUGAUGAUGCAAGAGGCUGUUUUUACAACUUACACAGUUCUGAAGCCUAAUGUUGCCUAUGCAUACAUUCUUUGUAUGGUGAUACAGUUAGACUGUUGCAUCUGGAAAUUGCACCUUAACCACCGAGGCCCGAGUGGCAUUAUACCUAUACCUUAUGCAGAAUUCAGUGAAACUUCACACAUAAUAGCUGAUGCACAACAAAGGCUUUCUUGUUCUUUACCAGUGAGACUUCACUGAAAACAUCUGCAAAGAGAAAAUACCAAAUAAUGAUUGGCUAUUUCAAACCAACUAUUUAAAGUUUCUGAUAUUAUGCUUAUAAUUCGACCCGUAUGCAGUCCCUUGAUUUUAAGUACAUACUUUCCUUUCUAAACAAAAAAACACACACUCUUUCCUACACUGGAUUUAAGAAAUCUCAUGGAACUGCAGUAUUGACUUUCUUUAAGCUAUGUUAGGCUGCAGUCCAAAGCCCUGAUCUUUGCUGCUUGAGAGGAUUAGGAUUUUGCUUGCUACCAGCACCAGAGUUCAUGCUGGCAGAAUGAAGCAUAAGGCUCCCUCAAACAGAAUGUUAGCAGGGCCAGCCAUGUAUGUAUCUUCUGGGUCUUGAGUCAGUUAGUUCUUCAGAGACCAUUUGGCCUCGCUUUGUUGCGCCAGCUUCUGGAUGGUGCAGCAAAACUGAAGAAGAAAAACCACACUCCCCAAUUUUGCACCCUAUGUGGCACAAGCUGGCAGUGCUCCAAUAUGUCCCAGUCGCUCGUUAGGACUGUUUUGCCCUUCCAUCUAUUAAGAAAGGGAGCAAAACGAUUCCACAUUCCUUGGUACUCUCUAGCAAUCUUAACAAUAUAUGCAAAUAAGCUCGUCGCAGAUUGGCAGUCCUCAUGCUACAAACUCCAUGUUUGCUCAAUACGUUUUCUGAUUUAUUUAUUUAUUUUUAAAAAUGAUCUUUUUCAUAGAUUGGGUUGUAUGUGACUGUGUCCCUCUAUCAGUGGAAGGCUCUUUGACAAAGCAUUAAUUUUGUUGGCUUUCAUAAACAUAAAGGGUGUGUAUGUGUGAUGUGUGUGAUUUUUGCAUAUCGCCCUUUUGUAAAUGCAAAUUGCAGAGUCAGCUGUUUCAAUAGUACCCCAGCCCUCCAGAGCAGAUUUUGGGGUUCAGCAGGAGGUUGCAGAGGGCAUGUGGUGUUAACAAAAAUAGUAUCCCACCCCUUUCCACUCAAGUGAAAUUUUGCCUGAUAAAAAAGAAUUCCACUGGUAGAGGCACACAACGAGAUACAAUUCAAUAUCAAGACAUUAAGAAAAUGCUAUAAAUGUGUCUGUAUCUUCAUGCAGAAAUAUAUUCCUGUAAGGUAAAGUUAGGAGAAAGAGCUGGAGAGUUUCAUAAAGUAUUACUCUUUAAUGGGUAUGAAUUUGUUGAGAGUUGAAAAAAGCCCAUUACAGUGGUACCUUGGUUCCUGAACGGCUUGGCUCCCAAACAAAUUGGAACAAAAUAAGUGUUCCGGUUUGCGAAUGUUUUUCAGAAGCUGAACAUCCGACGCAGCUUCCACAGCUUCUGAUUGAGUGCAGAAAGCUCCUGCAGGCAAUCAGAAGGCGUGUCUUGGGUUUUUCCAGUGGUUUCAGGAGUCAAACGGACUCCCGGAAUGGAUUAAGAUCGAGAACCAAGGUUCCACUGUAUAGAUCCUAGACCCAGGCAAUCAUCUAUUUGCACAGUACAGGAAUAGGCUUCCUAUUUUACCUUCCACCAGGCUCCUAAAAUAGCUUGUGAUGUGAACAUGCCGCUUGGAAUCCCAUAUGCGCAAUGGUCUGAUUUUUACCAUCUCUUUAAGGUGGGAUGAAUGUGCAGAUUAGAGGUUUUAUGUAGGAAACUGGUUACAUCACAUUAGGUGCAUAUAGGUGGAGGGGCCCCCAUUCCCACUCUACCACACAGAUGGAUCAUCAGGUAAGUAUGUGAACUGGGGCAAUAGCCCCCUGCAAUCCCAAAUAUUCUUCAUUGUGUAGAAUGAGAGCUUGGAAUAUUUUCUUUUUAUUAUUAUUUAAAUGUAACUGCAGUUGGAGAGGAGAUGUGAGGUACUAAAAAAAAUAGUGAAAAGGUAUUUUGCCAUUUCCUCCCCCCCCCCAUUCUGUAAUUAAUUAUAUGUUUAGGUGUACUUUUGUGUACAACUUUUUGCCCCAGUAUAUGAUAAUGGUCGCAAACAGAGUGACUAUAAACAAAUGCAUGGAGGAUAGGUCUAUCAAGAGCUGCUGUUCAGAAGCAGUUUAGUACUGAGUACUAGAGGCUGUCAACAAACUAUAGGAAACAAGGAUGCCAACUCUGUGGAGCUGAGGUGUCUUCUCCCCCCCAAAAAAUAUCUGCUGGGAGGGGUCUGGGCCAUCUCAUUGUUAAGGGGCUGAGUUCAGGGUGGCUUCAGUGGCCGGCUCCUCCUGAGCGCAAGGGAGGAGGAGCUACCAGCAAUUGAAACUGCUGCCCUGGGCUCCGCGCUCAGCCUCCUCCCAGCGCAUGAUGUCACACACCCAUGGUAAGCACCUGUGAAAGGGAAUGACCUUGGCUAUCCUGACUUCUUUGCGAGUUUCAGGUUGAACAUUGCUAAAUGCAACAAGUGAAAGGAUCAUGGUCUAAUCCAGGAAAACACCGUAUUUUUCAGUGUAUAAGAUGCCCCCAUGUAUAAGAUACCCCCUUACUUUUGGGGACCCCAAAUUUAGAAAAUGGGCACAUGCACUAUCCGUGUAUUAGAUGCACCCAGAUCUUUAACCUUAUUUUAAAGUAAAAAAACGAAACCUGGUCUUAUACACGGAAAAGUACGGUAAUUCUUGGGUUCUUAAAGAUACUUAAUUAGGAAAUAGGUUACAUUUGUGGCUGCUUUGUAGAAAUAAGAUGCUGCAAUUAGAAAGCUAUGGGCAUAUUAAAAAAAUAGGAUUUCCAACUGCAGUCAUACCUUGGAUCCCAAACGCCUUGUGAGUCGAACAUUUUGUCCCCCGAAUACUGCAAACCCAGGAGUGAAUUCCAGUUUGCAAAAUUUAUUUGGAACCCAGACAUCUAAUCCAGCUUCCGAUUGGCUGCAGGAACUUCCUGCAGCCAAUUGGAAGCCAUGGCUUGGUUUCCGAAUGUUUUGGAAGUUGAACGGACUUCUGGAAUGGAUUCCGUUCAGCUUCCGAGGUAUGACUGUACUUAUUUGAUAUAUGGCUCUUACUCCUAAAAAUGUCUCGGAAAUGACAAUGCAUAUAAUGUUAUUGUCUUGUGUGUGAUGGGGCAAGGCGAAGCACACAUGCAGAAAUUGCCUAAAUUACUUGGACAGAGUAAAGGUUAUGCUUUGGUAAGGCAGAAAUAAGAUUGAUUUACUGUGUCCUUUCAUUACUUUACAACAAUUUAAAAGAGACCACUUUUCCUGUGGCAGGUCCUAAAUGCAUUUGGUUUAAAGUAGGCCGUGAUGAAUGAAAAGAAAAAUCAAGGGGUACAUGAAAUAAAGGCAAUCAAUCAUUUUAUAUUAGUUGAGAGAAAUUCUAAAUUAGAAAGCCAAUGGUUUUAGUUCCAGAGAGGUGUUUUAAACAUUCACCAUUCCUUUUAAUAUACUUUGACCCCUUAGGAAUAAAUAUUGUCACAGGUACAUUCUGUGUUUCACAGGAGGAGCCAUUGGAGAGAUUUAUUCUCUCAGGUUAUGAGAGGUAUUGACGUUUAUUCUUGAGUGCUUUUUUAUUAUUAAGUAACAUAACAUAGCCUAUAUAAAUUGUAGUAAUGACCAUAAAUUUAGGCUGCUUGUAUAGUUGAUGAUUCUCCUUAAAAAUAGUCUCUUCAAAAAAAUAAUAGUUUGGUGGAAUUUCCAAUGAAGCAAUUUAUUACUGAAAGUUGCUGGAAUGUUUCCAUUGAUGGGAGCAUUGUAAAUAUAAUUUUGAGAGCUCAUGUGCAUGGGGAAGCAAUAUGACAUAUAGAUUUUAAUUUACAGACCAGGACACUAUGAGAUGCAUGUUAUUAAACAUGUAACUUAAUAUGCGGAUAGCUACAAAGUCAGGUUUAUUAUUAGGAAUCAUAAAUCUAACCAUUCCUUUUUCUGUGGUGGUCACACAUUGGCUCCUAGCUACUUUAAAUUGCUAAAUAUUUCCAUGCUAAAGCAACAAUGGCAUAAUAAAUGUUAAAAAAACUAAAAUAAACACAGAUAUUUUUUUUUAAUGCUGAUAGGCCUAUGCAGCUGCUGAUUUUUUUUUAUUUUUUUAUUGAGUAGCCAGUCAUAGAAUUGUAGAGUUGGAAGGGACCUUGAGGGUUGUCUAGUCAAACCCCUUGCCAUGCAGGAAUUUGUUUUCCAGCAUGGGGCUCAAACCCACAACCUUCAGAUUAAGAGUCCAUUUCAAUAAUUGCUGUGCAUUGCUUUUAACCAUUUUUAAAAAAAAAUAAAAUAAAAUAUUGCUAUACACUGCCCUGGUGUUUUGUGAGAGGGCUGUAUAUAAAUACUUCUAUAACUAAAUAAUGUAGACAACCACUUUGAGUCAAUUGCGGCGCAGAUGAAAUUGUUAAUAUUGGUAAUCAAUGGAUUACUCUGGAUUCAUUUCCUUCACUUUGUUUUCUUCUUUGUUCAUGGUUAAAGAGCAAAGAUUCUUAGUCCUUAGUUUUGCCACCUGACCUUGAUGUUGUUAAUCAAAGAGUAAUGCAUCAAGGAGCUUCUGGUUCUAUAGAAGCUGCAAAGGGUUCCAUAAUGAAAUGAAUGGCAGAUACCUUGUCUGCCUUUUCUUAGCUUUCCUAGGGCAGCCUUCCUCAAAUGGGCACGCUCCUGAAGUCUUCACUGCAAGUCCUAUCAGCCCCAGCCGACAUCACCAUUGCUUUGAGAUGAUAGUUGCACUCCAACAAUUGGUGGGCACCAAACAGGAAGGGUGGUUCUAUGGUACACUUUCAGUUUGUGUAGCGCAGGCACGUCCAACUUUGACCUGAACCCCCCCAACCCCAACCCCAAAAAACAGGGCUUUCCUUCCUAAAAAAAAAGCUCAACAACGUUGACCUGAACCCCCGAAAAGGAGGUAGAUCACUGCCAGCUUUUAACUCUGUGAGUAGAUCACAGUCUCUUGGUAGUUGGCCACCCCUGGUAUAGGGCAGUGGUUGAGCUCAACAUGAGUUGUUGUCAACUAGUUGUAAAUAAAGAUUUAUACCUCGGAGCUUAUCUCAGAAUCUCCUACAAAGGUAGAGAAGGUUUUGCGGCAGACAGAUCAUUGCAGAACGAGUUCUGGGGUCGGGGGCUGAACUUUUAAUGAUCUGAAGUGAAACUUUUGCUAAUGAACAGGCUCUUUUCCAACUCAUACCAUUGGCUGGAGUUAUAGCCAGGAUUUCAAAUGUUUAUUAGUUUGUAAAAAAGAAACUGGAAUUGUAUAUUCCCCUGAUUUAUCAACUGCUGUUUUUUUUAAAAAAAACUUUUCACUAGAAUGGGCUCGGAAAUGAUGUGAAACUUAAAUAUUUAUUAAAGUUUUAAAAUGCUUUGUAAUAGAUCACCUUUCCACCAAGGCAAGUACAUUUUCACGACCUAAAUGUUAUAAUACUAAUUUCUUAUGGGCAGGACGAUUUUACAGAGACAAUAUACCUAAUUAAAAAGCCUGGGGAAGUGAAAGCAGAAGAGAAUUAUUUAUCAUAUUUAAAAUGUUAGUCUUCUAUGUGCUGGUGUUGGUCCAGUUACUGAUACAUUCUUAAUACCAUAGCACUACAUAACAUUAAGGUAUGGGUUUUUACCAGUGCUUGGACUCUGAGUUUGUAGAUAUAUAUAGGGGUACAUAGAAUUACCUUUAGGCAGGCUUGCCCCCCCCCCUUUGCACCAACCCAACAAUAUGAGAUGUAGUUAAAGAAAACUACAAAUCUCACACGCCAGAUUGGCAUUUCACAGCAGCCAUUCCAGCAGGAAGUUGUAGCUCAAGACACAUCUUUUGGCUUUUACAUGAUUCCAUUAAUAGUGGAAUAAAUCUUCUUUAUUCAAAUCAUAUACGAGGAAGCUGAAACAAUAAUUGCAGACACUGUCUAUGGACUUAAUAUUGUCAGGCAAAGACUGAAAAGGCACUAGAGAUUUUUCUCCAACAAAGCUUUAAUAGAUUUAGGAAACAAGUUAUCGACGCUUAGGCUGUUCGCAUUGUGUCUCUUAUCAUAAUUGACAGUUUGACGUAAAACCUAGUCACAUGACUGUCAGAGACACAUGCAAAUGGAUAAGAGGUCACAUUUCACAUACUCUUGUUGGAAAGGAAACACAUUUAAAGGAAGUUUCACUCAAAACAAUGACAAUAUGCAUAUGUUUAUAGCCUUCCUCAGUCAACAAAAAGCAAAGCUUGGUCUCAUAUCACUUGCUGCCUUUUCCAUAUAUAUAUUUACCUAAGCUGCUGAACAAAGAGGUGUGGAAGGAAUAUUAACCUUAGAAACUUUGUUAAAACGUGGGAGAAUAAUGUUAAAUGAGACAUGAUGUGUUUAAGAAAAAUAGUUGUAGGUUUGUAAUUUUUUAAAAAAUACAAUACUAAAAAUGGGGUGGGUGAGUUUCAAUUAAGACGUCCCUGUUUUCCGGGGACAGUCCCUGGAUUUACAAAUCAGUCCCCAUACAAAAUCCACUGAAGUUGAAAAGUGUCCCUGGAUUCAUUGAAAAAAGUCUGGCAACCUUAGUUUAAAUAGCAUUAUAUGAAAAUUAGAUUGGGAUCCAAAGAGUUGCCUGCUGCCCAACUCCCAGCUCCCUUGCAGCCCAACAGUAUCCAAUUUAAAAUGCUUGUGUCUUGAUCCAGCAAGAGAGAUGCAGCUGAUCUUUGCUUCUGGUACUUGGGACGGUGAUUGCAAUUCCCAAUGUUGCAUUAGGAAUCAACCUGUGCAACUCAGUUCCUGCAAUCCUGUACGUAUUUACCUAGGGAGUUAGCCAUAUAAAAUGGCCCUUCACAAUGGUGACCAUCAUCUUAAAAAAUAAAUAAAUCACAUCUGUUAUAUGUUGAAUGAAUAGGUGCCAGUUGGUGCAUGCGUUUAGAAUAGCAAUUUACAUACAGGCAAGUUAUUACUGCAUGUGUAUCUUUGGAUUAGGUGCUCUGGGGUGUGUAUGUACAAUUUUUAUAUUCUUAGGUUAAGGUGGCCGUCUUACUGGCAUGUGUACAAUUGCACAUUUAUUUUUAUAUUUAAAAGUAUUUGUAUGCAAAGUAUAUUACUGGUGGCAAAUAUUACAAGCUUUGCAGUUUUCUUAAAUUACCAUAGGCCAUACCAUUACCAUACCAUUCAGAUCUUUUGUGAGCUGAGACCUGAGGCAGCCCUGACAACGUGUAUUAUUUAUCAUAGUUAUUGGUAAGAGGAUCUGAAAUUAUUUAAUAAGGCCAGUAUAUUGACACACUUUCUAACCAAUAUAAAGGUUUUGUACUAGUUUCUAAAGUUUUGCUUUAAAAGCUUUUGACAUAUUUAGUUAAGGGUCUACUCAUAUUUUGUGCCAAACCACCCCUCCCCCCCAACUGUAAUUCAGAACACAAAGCAUGGCUUGAGUUUUCAGCUAUCAGGCAAACCAUGAUUUCAGGUUUCUCACCUAUUUUGAUUUCUAUUUGCUCAGCACUCUUAGCUACAGUGUCUUCCAGAGCAGAACAACAGUUGCGUGUCAAGGUCCCCAAGCCACCCUCAAAUAAAACACAAUUCACACAGAAUUUUUAAGGUUUUUGGCAUUAUUUUUUGGCCACAACUUUAUUGAUUACAGAAUGUGAGUGGUUGCUUAGGCAUUGGUUCGCGACUAUCUGUUCCCACCUAGAGGGAUAGAAUUGACAUCUGCAAGCCUGCGAAAGUCAAUAAGGGAAAACAUUUUGGGGAGAGAAUAGAGCUGCUUACCAUGACCUCACCCCUCCCCAAAUUCUCCCAGGGGCUCUUGCGUGGCCCUAGCCCCUUGACAGGCAUUCGGACAAAAGCAUGGCAAGCCCCUGGAUUCCUUUAAUGGGAUACCCUUGCAGCAGCAGCAUUGGAAGGGCAGGCACAGCCGAUUCAUACCCCUCCACCAGCCAAAUUUAACCAGUGCCUAACCACAACCUUAUAAGUUGUGACGAUUUGCUACACAGUAGGCCAAAAAAAAUUGGAACCAGCCAAUUAUCCAAAUGGAAAAAUUCCUACCAGGCCCUUGCCCCAAAGCAGACGACCCCAUGACAGGCAUAGCAAGGUCAACGCAAACAGCCCUAAAUAUAGAAAGGGUGGGCAGGUGAUCUGAUGUGUGCAGCGAAAAGAGGCAGCUCAAUGCUGCGUGCAGGGAAUAAAUAGCCCCUUGGCUGUCAAUCAUAAAUUGCAACAUCAAAUUCUCCCCAACAACCAAGAGGUGCCCAAUAAGAUUCUUGGCCAUCCAAACUAACCUGCUCAGCAACAGAGGGAUGUCUUGUUUGCCCCCACCGCAACACGUGCUCUCCAUGAAGGAGAACACGCUCUGUAGCUCUUGUUUUUCAGUUCAGAUAUAAUUCCCAAUCAUAACUGGCACUCAUCAUAGCUUACAGACCCAAUUUUCAAACCUAGGUUUCUGAUUCUGGUUUGCUGAUCAAUUACAAACCAUCGUUUGUCAAUUCAGACAGCACAGGGUACGAUUUCUGCGACUGAAUCUGAAUUGAGCCUGGUUAGGUUUAAUAGAUGAUUGCACACAAAUAUUGCAGACGCAAUUUUUAUAGUUAAAAUGCUGCCCCCUUAAAUUUAACCAUUAACAAAGAAGAUGUUGCCCCCCCCCAAAAAAAAAGUUUGGCUCCACAUCUACACCAGUGUGCUACUUAAGAUAAUUGAAGUUUAGUGAUUUCCUUCAAGCUCACAGUCUGAUUCACUUUGAAAAAUACUGCAUGUAGAAAAUUUUAUAGCAGACACCCACUGUCCUCCAGGCGUAAUCUCUAGUACCGUAGCAGUACUUGAGAAUUAUUCUAGGCAGGAAUGUCUCUCUUUCUGGUUGAUUUUCCUGGUCCCCCCCCCCCAAUUUUUUUUAAAAGAUCACACUGAAUUCUUCAGAUAACGAAUAAGAAAACAGUCGGGGAAGGUCCUUUUCCAUUUCCGAAGACUCAACGGCAGGAAAAGCAAGAGGGUAGCAGUCAGACAGGGUCAAGGCAUGGAUAUUAUCUUGUCCUCAGCAUAUAUGUUUUUCAGGAAAGGACGAUAAUAAAUUGAGCUGCUGUGAAAGUCAUUGCUCUAACUUUUAGAGGCACUUAAGGCUUUCCAUUGGGGGAUGGGAGGAAGAACAGCUUUUAGGUACAAUUAAUUGCAGUAUCCGUGUUAUCUUAAUUGAAUUUGAAAGUGUGAUUUGGUACUUUUUAAAUAGUAUUUUUAUAGUAUUGGUGAGUAGGGAUUGAAAUCAUACUUUUCCUAGGCUUUCUUCAUUAGACUAGAUGGGGCUUAUUUGCUCAAACAUAAAUAUAAUCACUGCAUCUUUUCAGGAAAUCUGCUAGCACUGUAGGGCAGCUGCCAGAUAAAUGGCUGUAUAGGGUUACAUGAAUAAUUAGUGAAGAGCAGUGCCGAUGAUUUGGUGAUCUGGGAAGAAUUUGUUUCAGCUUACAUGUAAUGCAUUCUCCACUGUAUUUUAAAGUCUUUUAAAUGGUAUUAUUUUGCUUCUAGAGCUAGAUUAGAUUAUUUUACCACUGCAUGUUAAGUGAUGCCAUAUUCAGUAACACUAAAUUAAUCAACCUCUAUUACAAAUGCCUCCACCCUUCUUGAACAGUAAGAUAAGGUCAUUAUGUAAUUUUGGAUCCUCUUUCCUUUAAAUUGCAUGUCAUCUGUGUAUCACCAAAUGCAUGCUUUCAAGGUAUUGAUUUUUCCCCCCUCCCCCUGUCCUUUCCCCCCUAGUACAUUGAAUAAUUUUAAGUGGUUUUGCUUUUCCUUUUUUGUUUUUAAAUUCACUAUUGAACAUUAACAUUUCUUUUUUUCCCCCAGCUCAGUUUAUAAUAUAAUUAAUUGCUAAAUACCGGUUAUUCUUUUAUGCUUUUAUUAAUGGAGAAACACAUCCAAGUAGCAUUUUCUUAAUGUGAGGAAAAAGUAGGAUUUUGUUUUGCACAAGAUGUGUUACGAUUUUAUUUUUGAAAUUGUUUUUGUUUUUUUACACUAGUACUACUACUACUUGGGGAUGUAAGGUUUGUGCCAUGUAAAGUACUAGUUUGCAUGCAUUCAUUUAAAUACUAAAAACUGUAGUACUGCUCGAUCCAUAUCUGACUGCUAGGUUUCAAUUGACAGCUGAGGAUUUGUGACUGGACCUUGAAUCAAAACGGCAGGCAUUUAUACCCCAGUGGCAAUGAGGAUACAUUGGGAAUUACUUGGCAAAGGUAAAAUUUUAAUUAUUUCCAAACCUAAACUCUCUUGGGUUCUUCAUUAUCUGUUUCAGGUGGCCUUCGGGAAUAUAUUUGUCAAGAUCUUAACUACAAUAUAUAUAUAUAUUUUGUAACGUCUCUUGAAUUACAUGUUUUAGAUUAGCUGAAAUGAUGCAAAUUGAACUUUUAUCGGUUAAAGCACUUGGGAUACGAAAUGUUGGCUGUCAAGGAUAAAAGUUUGUGGAAGAAUCAAAUUUAUGGCUGCAUAUUUUGAGGCUUGCAAGUUCAUAAUCAGAGAUUAUAUGCGUUUAAAAAAAUAACAAAAAGGAACUGGUACAAGAGAGCAGUUUAGACAACGUACUCAGAAAAAACAGUUGAUCUGAAUUUCAAACAUUAGUAUGUUUACCGAGGUAAGUUAGAAGUCACAUGUCUUAAAACUAGCAUUUGCUUUCAUAAAUAUUUUUACUCUUUGCAGGUGAGAGAAAAAAACUAUUUCAGGAUUUUUUAAAAGGUCGUUUAUUUGAUCAUGGCUUUAGCAUUAUGUGUGAACAAGUUAAGCUGCUUUAUGAUGGUUUGCUUACUGCCAACAAACAAUGAUAUGAAACCCUUGUUUCUUGUAAUUUUGGCAUGGCAUUACAUGUGAACUCAUCUCAGGGAUUGUUUUUGUUGUUCUCGUUCACACAUCUUGGCAAAGAGUAUAUUAAGGUACGUCAGCCUUGUCCUAUGAUCCUCCUUGUGGAAAUCACACAACUGAUUCCCCACCAACACCCCACACAAUAAUGUUAGUAUUGUCUGACAACAAGAAUCACUCCCCGGUUCUUGGAAAACCAUACAAGGUCCUAGUCCAUAUUUCCUAUUGCAUAGGCACAUUGAGCACACAUAUCCACUCACCAUACUUAUAAGACAUACAUGUUUCUCUCUCACACACAAUCAUAUAUACAUAGCCAACAUAUUUCUCCCUAUUUGUGUGUCUGCAGGGGAAGGUAGGUUUUGGGGCCCCACACUGAAGGCACCCUGGUGCCAAAAAACACUCCCCAAGCAUCACUUGCUGAAGAUAGCCAUCCAAGUAGGAUCAGAACCACUGCAAAGCAUUGCUUCCCACCCGAAACUCAGAUCGCCUCUCCAUGAGGAUAUAGUAGAUGGUAUCAAAAGCCGCUGAGAGAUCAAGGAAGAUUAACAGGGACACAUUGCCCCUGUCUCUCUUCCUACAGAGGUCGGGAUUAUUUAUGAGCCCCCAACUGUUUCUUUAGAUUAUAUUAUUUUACAGUCUUACCUUGGUUUUCGAACAGCUUGGUUCUCAAACCUUUUGGCUCCCGAACACCACAAACCAGGAAGCGACUGUUCUGGUUUGCAAACUAUUUUUGGAAGCUGAACAUCCGACGAGGCUUCCAUGGCUUCCAAUUGGCUGCAGGAGCUUCCUGUAGCCAAUCAGAAGCUGUGCUUUGGUUUCCGAACAUUUUGGAAGUCAAACAGACUUUCGGAAUGGAUUCCAUUUGGCUUCCAAGGUACGACUGUAUUUCAAAAUAAAUCACUCAUUAAGAAGAAGAAAAAGACAAGUUUGGAUUUGAUAUCCUGCUUUAUCACUACCCUAGGAGUCUUAAAGCGGCUAACAUUCUUCUUUCCCUUCCUCCCCCACAACAAACACUCUGUGAGGUGAGUGAGGCUGAGAGACUUCAAAGAAGUGUGACUAGCCCAAGAUCAUCCAGCAGCUGCAUGUGGGGGAGCGGAGACGCGAACCCGGUUCACCAGAUUAUGAGUCUACCACUCUUAAACACUACACCACACUGGCUCUCUUGAUAUAGACCACUUCUAAGCAUUGCAAACAUUGCCCAAAUAUAUACAGAUAUAGACUUUAGUUUUGUAUGGUUUAUGGUUCUAUCACAUUGUACACUUUAAUUAAGUGAAAAACAAUAAAUUUCCUACACACACACCCUCCAAAAAUAUAAGUAACAUCCCCCCAUAUAUUAAAAAUGCUCAAUUUUAAGAAUACAAGACUUGAAGUUUUAAGUCUUGUAUUUCUUCAUCAAGUGAAAACACAGCGGAAUGGAUGUGGAACUGUUGUUGAAGAGAGGUUCCAAGUGCACAGAAUCUUGGAUAUACAUUUGUGUUCACCAUGGGGUCAGAAAGAUGCUCUCUUUCUGGUGGUGGUUCAUUGAAUUGAGUCUUUAGAAAUGUUUGACAAGAAGUAUGAGCUAUGACUUGAUAUGAGAAUUUCAGUGGCUGCCCUCGAGAGUCACACAGUGGUCCCGUCAAGGACCAGCUGGGUGAGGAAGAGUGGCCAGAGGCUGUCUCCCAAGAGCCCCCAGGGAGGGCUCCAAAGAUGACAAGUUACAGCCUGGAGCCUGGUGGUGGGACACUGAAAAGCAGUCAGCAGAAGGGACGAACUGGGAGCUGACAGAAACAGGAGACUUGAGGGGACUCAGGAAAUGGAAGGGCCUUCCAGGAAGCAUGUAUGCAGUCAGUCCCAGUCCUGCUGACUCUCCUUCUCCUCUGACCCCACACACCAGGAGGGUCUUGCAUGUUGCUGAGCAACGUGCCAGACAGACCCAGAGGAGGAGCUCACCCCGUCAACUCAGCCUUCGCCUGCUUGGGAGGGAACCAGAGUGAGAGGCUAGAGGGGAGGAGCAUGCCUGGGGCUUAGCAACAGCAACGCCUUCAUUGAGUUAAGACGAACCAGGGACAUUGCUGUGUUGUUGUUUUUCUGAUAAUAAAAAGCUAAUUGCGUCCUGUGCUUUCUGUGUGUGUGCCAGCCCUGUGGAUGACCUGGCUCCUUGACAGGUCCUAGAGUGCUUAUAAUUUGAGCUUGCAGCUACCCUGCCUCCCAAUCAGUCUUGGCUGCACUGUUUUUGGUUGCCACCGAGUUUGAUCUCUGUAAAUAAGGCAUAACACCCUAGAUCAUUGUUGUGCCAUUGAAGGGUCCAGCACAGGACAGCUUGCAGCAUUUAAGCCUUUCUUAAUUGGCAGUGGCUCAUGAGCUGGCUCAGCACUGUGGUAGUUCAGGCAAGCUAUAGCAACAGGGCCAUCUUUACUUGGGGAUGCAAGGGGUGUGGGGCACCCGGGCGCCAAAUGCUGGGGGGGAGGCAAAUGUACACCUACUGUAUACCAGUCCCUCUCAAUUGGCGGCCAUGAAAAGCAAUGGCAUGAAAGUCCCCGCCCCCCUCCUCCAUCGCUUUGUUACUUUGUAGCGUCAAAUAUUUCCGAGUCAGGAAAUGAAAGCAUUUUUCCCUGCUGGUUCGUUGUUACUGGUGAGCGAUUCCCCCCCUAAAAAGGUCAACUUUGGCUUCCCCCCCAAAAAAACUCAAUAAAAGUUAAUUUGGGGUCAGCUAAACUAAAUUUGGGAGCACUGGGCGGAUAUUUGCACUCCGGCGGCACAUAUGCUAAAGACGGCCCUGUAUAGCAACACCAGUUUUGGAAGGGAGACACUGCAGUGCUACCUCACCACGUAGGCCUUUGCUGCCCUUAACCUCAAGACUUGUCUUGGACCAGAGGUCGGCAAGGUUUACCUCGCCUGGGCCAGUUCACUCCAGCGGAGAUCCCUCUGUGGGCCGGAUCAUGUUCAGCUGUGAUUUCCGGCAUCUGCCUCUGCACAGACACAAUUUCCAGCAUCUGCACAGAUGUGAUCUUCAGUGCCUGAGCAUGCGCAGAUGCGAUUUCCAGCACCGCGGGCAGCUCGGUUCAGGGGCCGGUUAAGCAACCCCCAUGGGCCACUUGUGGCCCAUGGGCCUUAGGUUGCCUACCCCUGUCUUGGACAAAUACUUCUGUAUUAGACAAACAAUGUCCAUAUGGAAACAUAGUGAGUGCAUCAGAGAAGUUUUUCCAUGCUUUAUCCACUCUCACAGUAGGACUGACCUUCUGAAGCCCCGUCCAGGCACAGUUGGAUUUCCUUCUUUAAUUGUGAACAAUUUCACUUCCCAAGAAAACAAAGCACUCAGUUAACAACCGAAAAUAUAUUUGGUGCCCUGGCUUCUUUGCACCCCUAGUGCAGAAGACAUAUAAGGAUGUUCAAACAAACCUCCUAAUUUACUCCGUACCUAUAUGUGUGCAUGUUGGGAGGUAGCGUUGUUUGAACACCUCAUUGUUCGAAGGCAAGAUGCACAAAGCAAGAGGAUUUCUUUUUGGCAGUGUGCAAACCAGUUUCCUUCUCAGUUCAGAGCAUAAAAAUGUCCUCAGCUGAAAAAAGCCAUAGGAAUUGCCGCACCGUUACAAAAUUCAAGCCAAUUGUGCAAAUAGAAAACCAAAACUGAGUUUAAAAAUCCAGUAGUGCCUCGACAAAAGCAUUUGUAUGCUCCUGCUCAAAUAAUCUGAACCACGUGGAAAUCAGCUUUGCACAAGUAGGCUCCAGUGUAGACUAGUGUUCACGAGGCUCAAUUUUUCAGCAGCUAUUAAGCUGCUAUUAUUGCAGGGCUGGGUCGUUAGCAGUUUUGAACUUUGGCUGUUUUCUGCCAAGUCUUUCAAAAACGGUAACAGUGUUAAGGCGCUCAUUGUCAAGGUAUUGUAAUUUAUAUUUCAAAAAGCAAACCUUUUUUCAGUCUUUUUUUUGAAGGGAUAGCUGCUAAUUUAACAUUACUUUUGCUGUGCCCAGGCAUUUCCUGCUUUCACUUUGUUAUCUCGACACAGAAGUACAGUACAACAGCUGGUUUGUUCUUAGAGCUCCUGAGGAGAGCCUUAUUCUCAGAGUGCUGAAUUUCCUUUUCAGCUGUAGCCGUAGGGGUGUUCUUAAUGUUCAACUUUUUAGAGCGGCAUUCUUUGCCCCCCAACCCCUCUAAAGAGCUGUGAUGCUGAUGCUGAUAAGGCAGUGAGAUGGAAUAAGCUUUGGCAUGUGGGGGAAGAGAGAAUGAGAAUUUCGGAUUCUAACAAAACAGGCAAACUUUCAAAGAACUUAAUCAAAAUCAAGUAAUGUUGUAGUUGUAGUAGUAGUAGUUGUUAAAGUUUGUGCUGCAGUUAGCCAGAGGGUUACUUUCUGUAUAACGUACUUGCUUGCUUGGGACAAAAAUGCAAACUCAACUUUUGCAAAUAAAAACAACGAAACGAAAACAUUGCUGAUAAAAUCAUUAGCGGUGGGGAAAGCUGGAAGGAUUUGGUUUUUUUAUCAGUUUGUCACUAUCUCUGUUACACUUUCCACCCAACUCCCUAAUAAAACAAGAUGUGCAGAGAAUUAUGUUUCCUUUCCAUCUAAGCAAACAUCUUCAGAACACUUCCUAAGAAAUUAAUUGUAUUCCAGCCAGACUUGCAUGCUGCCAUCCCACAGGAAAUGGGUCAGCAAUCCAUUAAGAUGCCAUUAGAUAAUCUAAUUUGGAACUUAAUCUCUAAAUUAACCAUGCUCCAUACUUGAAGCAUACUUGAGAGAGAGAGAGAGAGAGAGAGAGAGAGAGAGAGGGAGAGAGAGAGAGAAGUUUGUUUGAAUCGAUAGGGGAGCCGAAGCGUGAAGAAGCCUGUUUGUUUUUUCUGUAGCUGUGGUCACGUCUCAAGCCGUCUGGUAACCAGGAGAAACCAGACAUGAUGUAAUUCCAGAUUGAACUUGAACUUCAGGGACUCAGAAUGGAGGAACAAUGGACCGUAGGAAUCAAUAAUGUCCAUUUUCCACAUGAUUAUGUUUGAAGCUUUAAGUUAACCUUUAUGGAAGAAUCGGCAAAAAACAAAAACAAAACAAAAACAAAACCCUACAAUGUGACUAAAAUGAGGGGAAUCCACAGACAAAAUGUUCAAAAGAAAGCAACUCUCCCCCUCCCCAGCUGUACUUUGAGAGUUGCACUGCAGAUUCCAGCAGGAUUAGAAAAGUUCCCGCGCUGCAGUAAACCAGUUGCUUGUUCUAAGCGCUCUUUGUUCAGUUAGGUAGGAUAAACUUAAUCUUAUGUUUCCUGUCAGAUGAUUUUAGCAGUGUUCUUAGAGAAGGAUGAGUAUGGUUUUUUGGUUUUUUUCAGAAGUGGUAAGAGCACCAUUAACCCCUUGAUGAUUUCAGAAUAUCACUUUUAAAAUGUGUGUGUGUGUGUGUGUGUGUGUGUAGUGUCUUCUUCAACCGUGAAACUGUUUUUUUAUACUGUGAUUUGUCCUUUCUGUGAGUGUUUGGCAUGUUUAUUGAGCAAACAAAAAUAAAAUGCUAAUUCUUAUUUAUAUUAAGUGCACAUUGUAAUGAACCGCUGUGCAAAAUUUAUUUAAAAGGUUAUAGAAAAUUGGGGGGGGCAGAUAGUCAGUGCUUGUGUGAUUCUUGCCAACUUUAAAAAUAACUUUUGAAAAGGAUCGAGUUAAGGUUCUGUCACAGAAACCGGAAUCGGCACCCUGGAAGCUGAAAUGCUUUGAGGUUAACCUCUUCUGUGCUAUUACAUAUGUGAACUGCAAAACAUGUAUCAGUGCAGCUUACUUUGUUUUAGUACUGUCUCAUUUCAAGCAAACUAAAUAACAGGGAUUUUGCCCUGAAUCCAGCACGGUUAGAUGUGCUUACGUAUCCCUAAAUCUGUGUUGGAAUUAGACCACAAUUUAUUUUUGCCUCAUACCUAAAACUACAAAGUAACCUUAGGUGUCUUCCCUCUAACAACAAAACAAAACAUUGCAAAAAAAAUGCAUAUAUGGCCCAAGUCACUGUGAAAAAAGAAAUCACAGGAAUAGAGUAUAUAUCCAUUCUUGGUGAACUGGUAAUAGAAAUUUUGCUAACUUUUGACACAAAUAUGUGUGGCACUGCCCACAUAGAGAAAAUGAAUAGUAGGCUUAAGAUGACCUACACUUCUGGGGAACAUUGUGAUAGAAGUUUGUAGGCAGGGGUGAAUGAAGGCUAACCAACACCCAGGGCAGGGCAAACGUCGGCUGCGUAUGUGUUGCGCCGCUACAUACGAUGCAUGCAUGGCGUUGCUACAUGGGGCACAUGUGCGGCGUCGCCAAGUACAGUGCAUGCGUGCGACACCGCGCAUGCGCCCUACAUAGCGGUUUGCCGCCGGUGCCGCCAGAGCGCCAUACAGACGGCACUGGCGGCAAACUGCUAUGUACAGCGCAUGUGUGGUGGCGCUACAUACAGCUCUUGCAUGCGACACCGUGCAUGUGUUGUACAUAGCGGUUUGCUGCCGGCGCCGCUCGAAUGCUGUACGGACAUUGGCAGGAUCCUCUGCUCACGGCUGCAGCCACAAAUGGAGGAUCCUCCACAUGCGGUGGCGCGGUGGCCGCACGUGCCGCUGCGCCCAGGGAUGGCAGGGCGAGCACCCCACAGGGUGCCUUCUUGUCACCCCUCCAGACAUGGCACCUGGGGCAAACCGCCCCCCCUUGCGACGCCACUGUUUGUAGGUUCCUAUUUUCAGUUGAUUGCCAAGUAACCAUGUACAGUGGUACCUCGGGUUACAUACGCUUCAGGUUACAGUCUCCACUAACCCAGAAAUAGUGCUUCAGGUUAAGAACUUUGCUUCAGGAUGAGAACAGAAAUUGUGCUCUGGCGGCGUGGUGGCAGCAGGAGGCACCAUUAGCUAAAGUAGUGCUUCAGGUUAAGAACAGUUUCAGGUUAAGAACGGACCUCUGGAACAAAUUAAGUACUUAACCUGAGGUACCACUGUACUUGCAUAUCUAAAGAUAACCAAGAUAAGGAUCAGGGGAUUCAAAUCACUGUACAAUUCUAAUUUCACGUUUCUUCACAACAGCGACCCCAUAAAGAGGGAAAGUUGGUGGGAAGAACAUUUUACUAAAUAAAAUGGCAGGACACCACCCCAAAUCUUACACAGUUAUUGGCUCCCAUUUCUUUCUCCCACUGUAACUUCUCCAGAGAUGAAAGUAUACAAGCAACGAAUGUACAGUCACACUCAUUUUGCUUUCUCAGCAAAGUAAAGGACAUUUUUUUUGCUUUCUAAAGGGCAAAAUUUACUUUAGCACUCUUGGAUAUGUUCUCAUGAGGAUUAUGACCAUCAGGAAAAGCACUGGAUAAUAGUUUUCAUUACUUCGGCUUAGAGUACAUUCAUGGCCCAACCAUGGGAAAAUAAGGGACACAUUACCCAGAAGUAGAUUUUCAGAUGAGCCUGGUUUGGACUUGUACGAUUAUUAUCAUGAUGCGGGGAGUGCUAAAUUGUAGACCAUGCUUGAGGAUAUUUAUGGAAACCUAUUUUCCUCUGAGGGGUUAUCAAUAGCUUGUUAUAUUUGCAGGAGCAGCAGUGUGAGAACAGAGCAGGCAACAUUUUGAGAGAGAAGAAUUCAGUGUAGCAUUUAGGACAGGCAUAGGCAAACUCAGCCCGCCAGCUGUUUUGGGACUACAACUCCCAUGAUCCCUAGCUAACAGGACCAGUAGUCAGGGAUAGUGGGAAUUGUAGUCCCCAAACGUCUGGAGGGCUGAGUUUGCCUAUGCCUGAUUUAGGAGCUCACUGCAAGCAUUUCUGCCUGUCUGUUGGAAUGAUCGCCCCUCUCCUCCUCUCACAUGCUGUCUGGGUAUUCUCCUGACACCCCCAAGCCUGAGUUGUGGGGGCACAUGGGGGAAAGAAACCAAGGAAGCCCUGCUGAGCUAGCAGAAGUCCUGACACAGGCUUCCGCUUGUGGUUGAAUGUGGCUCAGUGUUUGAAGAGGAAACUCCAAGACUUGUAGUUUGAGAGAGUGAGAGAUGCAUGGCUUCUGUGUUACAGACUCUCCCAUAGUGCCAGUGUCAAAGUUCCUUAGUUUGUGCUGGCAUUUGCUAUGCUUGGGAACUGGCAACAACAGCAGCCAGUGUGCUGGAAGAGAAGCCAAGUUACAGGAAACAGGCAGAAGGCCUUCUUGGUAGUGGCACCCACCCUGUGGAAUGCCCUCCCACCAGAUGUCAAAGAAAACAACAACUACCAGACUUUUAGAAGACAUCUGAAGGCAGCCCUGUUUAGGGAAGCUUUUAAUGCUUGAUACAUUACUUUAUUUUAAGAUUUUGUUGGAAGAUGCCCAGAGUGGCUGGGGAAGCCCAGCCAGAUGGGUGGGUAUAAAUAAAUUAUUAUUAUUAUUAUUAUUAUUAUUAUUAUUAUUAUUAUUAUUACAGGGCCCAGUAUGUAUGAGCUCAGCUUCUGAUCUCUAGAAUGUAUAGAAGAAUCUGCACUAGAUCUGAAGUAGGGUCUAAAGGACAUUUGUCAUUCAUGCAUGAUUAAUAUACAUACCGCCACACGGCUAUAAGUGCAAAUCGGGCUGCCAGAAACAUAAGGCACUUCUCAAAGAGGCUGAAGGAUACAAAUCAAUUGUUCGGUUUUUCAAAACAGAGGGAGUUUUGGGAGGGAGGGUAGAGAAAGUGACGGGGCUUUGUUUCAGGUUUUUGCUAGGUUUCUAGCUCUGUGCAUAAGCAGAAAGCUUUGUUAAACAAGACAGUCAAAAUGGUGCAUACCUAAACAAUAUGUUCACUUUAAAUUCUAUUCUCUUCCCUUAUGCAAUGAAAAUAUAUGAAUAGCAGCAGAAGUUGAAGUUGCCAUCAGAUAAUUUGAAGUAAUUCUGAGGUAUCCUUUUUAUGGAAGGCACAAUUUUCAAAUCAGACAUUUUUUGUGUCUCUUAGACAAUGUUCAAAUACCGUAAGCAGAGCUGAGUAUUCCUGAGUAUUAUAUUCUCCAUAUUCUUUCUGCUGUUCUCCCAUUUCCUCAGAAGUGACCUUUUGUUAGUGGAAGGAGAAGACAUUAAGUAGCAUUAUGCCAAUAGGUUAUUAUCAAUACUUCCUUUAGUACUUUUCAGUGAACAGAGUUCUGUACAGUUACCUCUUUUGUCAUGAAUUUUAAUAGGUGUAUUUUAUAAACACUGUUCAAAAAUUUAUGCCUACCUCUAUAGCAUUAGGAAACCACUUUACUGAACGUUUUAUUAACUGGGCAGUAACUCUGGACAAAAUAGCACAGAUUUUGUGUUUGCUGAACUGUCCCACUGGCGAUCUUGGUGAUAUAACCAGGAAGCAUUCAGAAGAGAAAUAAUUCUAGAGCUGUUUACAUAUUACAUUUGUCAUGAGAUUCCAUCCAAAAAGCUUCCCAAUAAGAAAUGAUAUGUGCCUUAUAUAUAAUGCUUUGGAAGUGCUUGCCUUGGUUGCUUUAAGACUGUCUUACAAACCAUGGCUUAAGAGACUUAUAAGUGAACCUACUACUCACUCCCUUCUUCAUUUAGUGCUUUACUUUUUGUGUGGCUCAAACCUUAGUUUGCUGUUGCACUCAAACGCAACAAACUAUGGUCUGAUGAGAACAAUGUUUAUGCACAAAACAGAUUGCUGCAAGUUCAGAUGGUGGUUUGUGGACCCUGAUUUGUAAGUGAGCUUGCUUGUAAGUGAGCCUGUCUCAGUAGUUCAGGUACAACAUCAAAUGAUGGUUUGAUCAAACUGGGAAGUUCUGAAUCAAGCCAUGUGCAUAAAGGAAGAAGGGAGGAGUGCUUAAGCCUAGGGCUUGUUCCCAAUCGUACUGGCUUGGAGGGCCGCCUACAUGCAGGUGCUGCUGUCAGCAUUACAUUAUAAUUCUCAUUUUUCUUUGUGGACUCUGUGCAGUCCCACCUGGGCAUCUGUGCAGAGCAACACUAAGGACUAAUUGAAGAACUAUGUUUGUAAGCAGCCAAGCUGUCUAUAUGCCAUGUAAAGGUAAAGGUAAAGGUAAAGGGACCCCUGACCAUAAGGUCCGGUCGUGGCCAACUCUGGGGUUGCGGCGCUCAUCUCGCUUUAUUGGCCAAGGGAGCCAGCGUACAGCUUCCAGGUCAUGUGGCCAGCAUCACUAAGCUGCUUCUGGCAAACCAGAGCAGCACACGGAAACACCAUUUACCUUCCCGCCGGAGCGGUACCUAUUUAUCUGCUUGCACUUUGAAGUGCUUUCGAACUGCUAGGUGGGCAGGAGCAGGGACCGAGCAACGGGAGCUCACCCCGUCAUGGGGAUUUGAACCACUGACCUUCUGAUUGGCAAGUCCUAGGCUCAGUGGUUUAACCCACAGCGCCACCCACGUCCCUUCUGCCACAAGUUAGACCCACUGAAAUUAAGUGACAUGACAUGGGCCCAUUAAUUUCCAUGGGUCUACUCUUGAGUAGAACUUAGUUAAUUAUCUGAAGAAGUGUGCAUGCACAUGAAAGCUUAUACCAAGAACAAACUUAGUUGGUCUCUAAGGUGCUACUAGCCACAUGACCCGGAAGCUGUACGCCGGCUCCCUCGGCCAAUAAAGCGAGAUGAACACUGCAACCCCAGAGUCGGCCAUGACUGGACCUAAUGGUCAGGGGUCCCUUUACCUUUUUAAACUUGUGGCAACUCUAUACUUUGUCUUUAAUGUGCUUCAGGGCUCUAAUCUAGAACUAUUCUUUUAAUUUAAGCAUCUCAGCUGCUACUGCUUUGACAUUUUAAAGCACCAUUUCCUUAAGGCUAAUCUCCCCAGCCUGGUACCAUUUCUGAAAAGUGCUAACUUUUUCUUAAGAAAGGCCUAUGCUGUGCAACACACUUCUGGUCAGAGGGUUGUAAAAUUCUUGUGGUAUCUGCACAGUGUUAACGUACAAGAGUUAUCCUUCCCUCGGGAUUCAUAAACCAUAUUGACAAAUAUAUUGCAUGGUGCAUUUCUAAGAGUCAUAAGUUGGGAAGUUUGAGAGGUUUAGAUAAACAUCUUAAUUAAAUUUAUUAGUCAUGCUGCAACAACAAUCCUGUUUGUCACCACGAUAAUUUAUUUGCAUUGAAUAUUCCUGUCUCCCCCCCCCCAAAAAAAACACAACAAACAUAAAAAGAUCUGGCUGUUUUGCACUCAAGCACUAGAUGUGAAAGGUGUUGCAAAUGCUACUAUGGUGUUUUUUUAUCCACAAAAAUAUUGUUGAACAUUAGAAAGUUAUGAGCCUUAAGAAAACAAAAACCCAGAUAAGUUCACAACUUUACUCCUAAAAAGCAACUCAGGGAGGUGGAUUCUGACAGCCAGUUUUUCCAGUCACUCAAACUUGGCUUUCUGUCAAGGAAUGAUCCACUUUCCAAUGGAUGCUUUUCAAAUACGAUUUAUUCAGAGUAGGCUUAUUACAGUUAACGAUGAGCAUGGCUAAGUUAGGUACAUUAAUUUCAGUGGGUCUACUCUGAGUAAGCCUUAGACCACCCAAUAAGUAAAUAAUUAAAUAUUGGCAGUGACCUAUCUGCCUGUUAACAGGCAUAAUAUUCUCCCCAGCGAGAAUAACAGUGCAAUCCUAUACAUGUCUAGGCAGAAAUAGGGCCUGUUUUGUUCGGUGGGACUUACAAUCAGGUAACUUUGUUUAUUGGAUUGCAAGACUGCUAUGGUGCUAGUUUUAGGAUCGGUCAAUUAGUGUAAAUAACACCUGUAGCAUAUUGUAUCUGCAUACUUCAAGUUCAUCUGUGAAAAUUGAUGCACUGUUAGAAGACUUGUUAGAAUAUGGAGCUGGGUGGUGUUCCAAUCUUAAUUCUUCUUCUUUUUUUAGGUUAUUGCUGCUAUCAUAUUCUAAACGAUUAUUCUGCUCUCUCUUUUCUUUUCCCUCAACAGUCCUGGUACCUGGGCUAGCUUGGUCCCUUUUCAAGUAUCAAACAGGACACCAAUCCUGCCGACAAGCGUCCAAAAUUAUGGUUUGAACCUAAUUGGAGAACCUUUCCUUCAAGCAGAAACAAGCAACUGA